CGAAAAACUGUACGGCGACGGAAGGACUUCGCAAUAACUGUUCGUGAGUACCUAUUAUACUACUGUGCCUAUAUGAUACGUCAGGAAAUCGAAAAUAAUAAUUUGAAUCCGUAUAAUCGUGGAUACGGUUUAUCCGUUAUAUUACUGUGUAUAAAUUCGUAAUUUUCAUGUCUUUAGUCCCGGGGAGGAGGAGGGCUCGAGUUGAUUUUCUACAGUUUUCAAUAUAAAACAGUCAAAUUUUCAAAACGCGUACCUACACUUAUACACAGCAUACGCUAAUUUUUUUAAGUACGUGUAAAUACAUAUAUUAUGUAUACACUUUUGCCAUUUAGAAUAAAUAAAGGAACAAAAUUACAUAAGAUAAAAUUAUGAAAAAAAAAAAAAAUUGACUUACGAUUAAGUCCUUUUUUCUUUGGAUCUCUAAAUAAAAUAUCCGAAAAAAAAAAUGUAAAAUAUUAUAUCGUAAUAGGUUUAGUGAAAUUAAUUGGAAUUAAUCCGUACGAUAUUGUAUUUUCACGUGGAACGUUUCACAUUAAUUAUCAGGCAUUAUCAAGUCCAGGGAGGGGGCGACAAAUGCCCCGUCUUGCCCUACCUCCGGGCGCCAGUGCGGUUGAUUGAGAUUCGCAAUUGUAUUUUUAAAUUCUAUAUUUUCGUUCUAUCUGAAAAAAAAAUUACGUAAGUUAACCAAUUAUUUUCCACAGCAAUUUUCCACCGGUAAAAAUUGUAAUAUUUCAUUUAAAUCGAUUUAUGCCGAAUAACACUAAAAUUAGGUUAAUUUAUUUAAACCUAAUAAGAUGUCAACAAAUGUCGAGUUACCAUAAUAAUAAAAUAUAUAAUUAAUUAUAACUUUAAAUUAUUUCUCGAUUUAUGUCAAAUUGUAUUCGUGUUGUCUAUACCAAAUACUAUAUAGCAAGAAUAACAAAUAAACGAGCAUAAAUUCAUCAACUUUUUUUGUGCUAAGCUAUUAUAUUGCAGUGUAACAACAAUUCGAUCGAACACAUACGUAUUUAAUUGUCAGUAUAAAAUUGAAAAUAACGAUAAAACAAUUAAAUGAACAAUGAAUUAAAAAAGAAAAUUGUCACAAUUCUAUUUACCUUUUAUAUUAUUGAGUUAUUUUUAUUUUUUUAACUUUCAAAAUAUUUAGGCUAUAAUAAACUAUAAUAGCUUUUCCGUCCCUCUCGGAUUUAAAAUGUAUAAUUAUUUACGUAUCAUGUAUAUUAAAACAAUAGUUUUAUAAUUUUGUUGAAAUAUACUAUAAGUGUGUCGUCUGCUCAACAAAGUAUAUACUUAUAGGUAAUAGAUAAUCGAACAUGGGAAAGAGAGAAUUAAAAUACAAUAAGGACAAAGAAAAAGAUUGAAUAAUAAAACUAAAAAAUAUAUUAAAAAUAUGAGUACUUAUUAUAUUACACAAUACAUUCGGCGUUUAUGCGUUUUAAUAUUGUGACACUUACCUAUGUGACUUGUAUUUAAUUACUAACGAAAAGUAUAUCGAUUCGAUUUAAGUCUAAAUUUAAAAAAAAGAUAAUGGGGAUGGAUGCAGCCGCUGAUGUAGGAAAUUGGAAAGGUAAGAUACAGACGGGAAUUGAAUGUAUAUCUGAAAGCAACGAUAAACCAUUGCUUACGAAAAAACGAUUCUGAAAGAAGUUCAGUUGAUAGUGAUGCUUUGUCAACAAUAUAUAUAUAUAUAUCAUAUUAUAGUAAAAUAAUUAAAUAGGCUCUAUAUAUUUUCUUUAAUUUUGUACCGAUUUUCCCAGUUUCCCUACAUUUUUCCAGGUUUUCGUAUGUUUUAUCCCGGUUUUUCACAUUUACAAACUCGUGAAAACUCAAAAGAAAAUCGAAAAUGAUCUCUCUAAAAAGCACAGAAAAAAAGAAGGCUGUAAAAUAUUUUAACUAAUACCUAUAUUUCUUAUAUUUUCCCGUUUUUUCAAAUUUAAUGAGAAAACUCCUGAAAAAUUCGAUAAAUUACUUCUUUAAAAUACCUCUCUAGUGAAAUUUCCUUUUAGAAACAUUGCUAUCAUUAAAAAUUGGAGCAAAAUUGCUAGUUGAAAAGAUGUGCACAUAAAAAAAAAAUAAACAUCUUUGUGAAACUAUAAGCUUCUUCAUUCCACUCAGAAUCUAAAAUUAAAAAUUAGAAUAAUUUGUAUUUUUGAUUUGGGUGUUACAAAAUUAAUUGGAUAAAAUAAUUGCAUAUACAAAUAUUAUCUUCAUUAGAUUUCAUACGAGCAAUACAACGAAAUAAUAAUGUAAUAAUGUAAUAUAUUCUAGAGAUAUUAAAAAUUAGUAUUUUUAAAACAAAUUAUUAUAAAUAUUCGUAUUAUAGAUUAAUACUACGAUUUUCAUUUAUACGUUAUAGUUACCAGUUAUACAUUCUCACCGAGAGUUGAUCAAAUUAAAAUGUCUUGUUGGGUGAUAUCCAAGUAGCAUAAUAUUAUUGCUAAAACUAACCGUAUUCGUUAUGUGUAUUGUGUACCUUUAAAUUACUUUGGUACUAUAUAGGGUUACGCAUCAAAUUAAAAUGUCUUGUUGGGUGACAUCCAAAUAACGUUAUUGCAUAACAAAGAAACAUAUAGCAAUCGCGAUCGUAAACAAGCCGCUAUGGAUCACAGGAUAAUGUGCAAAUCUCUAGGUAUUUCCGUCCUUUAUACAAGGUAGAAAACAGAUGUUGCAAAGGAUUUCAUAGAGGAAUAUUCAGAUAGACGAAGAUAUUUUACAGGUCCCCAAACACCGCGACAGAUAUAAAUCCUGCACAAUGUUAACGGAAUUUGUCGCAAAGUAAUAAUAUUUUAGAUUGGUAAAUCUUCUCUUCUUGUAUACAGUUUUUGACUAAAAGUAUCGGUAAUAUAUUUCGGUUAAGUAUUUAUUUGUCCACACGAAGACCCUUUGAAAGUAACCGAAUAUACUGAACGGAUUUGAUUCAAACAUUACUUGUAAAUACCAAUCCAAAAAUGUUUUAAUGAUUUUUAAAAUGCUUGUCCGAAUUUUAUCUCCGCGGCUAAAUUAAACGUAAUAUUGUAUUAUCUCAAUACAUUUCGUUAAAUUUAAAAGUCUUAAUUUAAUAAUAACAACGAACGAAGAGUGAUGGCAUCAUGCCUAAUUUAUAAUAUUAUGGUUGGGUCAUUUCCGUAAAUCUCCAGUUAUUAUUGGCGGAUUACAAAUAUAUGAUACACCUUAUGAGCACGAUAUUCAAUACAUUUUUUAAAUAAGGUAAAACAGGAAAAUAAAUAAUACUCAGCUAUAGCCUAUAGUGUCUAAUCCGAAACAAAACACACAAAUCUUUAGGUAUUUCGGGUAAUGAUUGAUAAAUUCGUGAUCUAUAUCACUAGAAAGAAAAUAAAAAUAAAAAUAGAACCUUAACUGGUACUCACUAACGCGUAACCGUCGUAAUCAGGUGGCGGUUAAAAAACGCAACACAUUAUGAGCUUCGCGAUUCACCGUGCCAAAUACGUUGACGAUAACCGUGUAUACUGUACAUCACCCAUUUGCGCAUAUUUGCGAGCCGUCCAUAAAAACAUCACCUCGGACAAAAUGAGAGAAAUCAAUACACCUAGCUAGAUUUGUUUGCCGGUAUAUGAAACCAUUUCCCUAUAUACUAAAGCCGCAUUCCCACGACUGGUGUGCUUGGCCAGUAUAUAGCACUGGCGGUUACUUGCCGUGUCGUCAGAUCAGUAUUCUUAUACAAUUGUUGGUCACUGGUGCCCUUUCCGGGGAUUGUCGAUAAAUGUGAUACAAAUCAAAGGAACGGCCAAUCACCAAUAUACUUGUACUUGUAAUCCCACAGUCGGUUGGUGUGGACUAGGAAAAACAGUAUUAUUCAAUUAUUUAUUAUAGCUAUACAGCCGUAGGAAUGGUGUACUUGACUAAUUGUACAAGUACUCAAUUAUUGGCGUAUUUGGCAAGUACACCAGUCGUGGGAAUGCAGCUUUAACGAAAUACAUCCAGCAAAUUCUUCUCGGUGUACACGCAGCAGUAUAUUCGCACUUAAUCUCGUUCUGUAUACAAAAUUAUUUCGUCAAAACGUAUAUAUCAACCGAAAGACGGUAGGUAUCUAAACACGAUCCACAUUAAACUAGAAACGCAAUUAAUCAUACCAAGCGAUAAUUAUAAAUUAAAAACAUUAGGUAAGUGCUUGUCUAUCCAGUUAGUUCCCGAAAUCAUUUAGAUAUUAAAAGACUUAAGUAUACUAUGAUAUUAAUAUGAUGACUAUAUAGUCAAUAACAAUAAUAAUUUAUACAAUGUAUAUAUCUCUGGAGAUAAUGAAGAUAAUCAAAUAAUGUUUUUUUUUUAAAAUCACUUAUAAAUAUAUAUAUCGCUUUUUACUCACUGGAAUAAGGACUACAAAUAUUUUUCUUGCAAUUCACUUUUUAUGCUUUGAUAAAAAAAUUUUAAAAAAAAUGUAUGUUUUUAUUAUUGAAAAAUUUGAAGAUAGCCAUCAUUAAAGAAUUUAUUCUUCUGAAAAUGUUAAUGUGUCAACAUUUUAUUUUCAUUAAAUUACUGAUUUUCAAUCAUUUUAAUAAAUUAAUAUAAAUUUUUAGUUUCAAUAAUUUUAUUAAAAUGUUUACUAAAACAUAAAAAACUAAUUUCAAUAUAAAUAUUUGUAGUCCUAAAGUCCUUAUUCCAGUGAAUAAUAUAAAAAAAAAAAAAAACAGAAUUUGAUUAUUUUUAUUAUCUCCGGAGAUAUUACAAUGUGUAUAUAUCUUCGUAAGACACUCUGUAUAUCAUAUAUCUAUAAUAAUAUUCUCGUAUUGCGCAGAUGACUGAUGAGAGUGGUAUAAACACAACAUUCCCCCUAGAAAUAGCAACUUCGAUAAUGAAGUUUAGUGAAUCCUCAUCGUGUAAUACAUCAUGUACUUAUAUAAAAACUUUGACUAAACAGGUAGGUACGACUUGUUAUAUAUAAUUUCCUUAUGCCCACGGACGGAAAUUAUUUACAAUAAAUGUUUAAUUGAAUUAGGCAGGCAUUUAAUUUGUAUUACGGUUUAUUACUCGGUAGGUAAUUUAUACCUAGUAGGUAAAUAGGUAGAAAAUAUGUACCUACCUACGAAAUACUUACUCUUGCGAGAGCGAAUAGUAGGUACCUAUAAUUAUAUAUUGCACAUUAUUUAGAACAAUAAACACUCGCCUUUGAUCUAAAACUUCGAAAAUUGAAGACAGGUUUACGUCCCGCCGUCUUUCAGUCUGUUGAUACACAAAUUUCGGUUGCAUAUUAUUCGACUGCUGCGAAAACGGUGCGCGGAAAAAAAAACCUAUUAAUCCACUGUAGACAUUAUAAAAAAAAAAAAACUGUCCCGGCGUUAACGAGAAAACGAAAGAUACCGUAAAACGAUCGACGUCUUUUUUUUUUCUCGGCUUAUCACACGGGCUGAGAUAUAUAUAAUAGUAUAUAAUAAUAUAUUAUAUCUUAUAACGUGGUUCUAUACGCAUUUAUAGAUUUCCCACAAAGAAUCACGUUUAUCGUCCGUAUAGUUUAUAUAGAUAUAAUUUAUUAUUAUAUUCUUUACGAAUUAUAACAAUUUAUCUAAACACGACGUUUUUUAAUGCUGUGCGAAUACAUUGCCGAUCAUCAAGUUUUUAAAGUGUUUACAAUACGCGCAGAUAUGAAUAUAUAAGAUGAUUUUUUUUUUUAUAUAUAUGGUGGUGAUCCACCGAUUUAAAGUAAAUAUGAUUUUGAUAUUUUCAGUCAUUUUAUACAUUCACUCGUUUAAUCGUCGUAUUUGCAAUAUUUUCAAAAUUUCAUUUUUAUUCCGUACAUCAUGAAUAAUAAGCAUAAUAUAUUUAAUUUUAAAUUUUCAAAUAAGAACCCCUCCCCCUUUUCAAACUACCUUCGGAUAAACUUUCUAUAUUAGUAACAUCAAUUCUAAGUUAUUUAGACCGAAGAAGUAGGCAAGGGUAAUAAUAAAUCGCAUAUCCAUUUUUUGACGAUACACUUCCCCAGCUACUCAUGUAAUCUAAAUUUUAAACUUAUAACUUAUAACUCAUAAAUGGCAACUAUAGUAUUAUAGUGUUAUGUAUUAUGCAUACAUUUUUAGAAAUAUAUUCUCUUUUCAAAUCUAUGGUUUGAAAAUGGUAUUUGAAGUCAAUUUGAAAAUCAAAAGUCGAUAUGCGUUAGGUCAACAUUUUCAAGAUAUUGAAAGCAAGAUCAUUUAAUGAUUCUAUAAUAACUGAAAAAAACUAAAAUCAAUAAUAAUAAUAAUAAUAUUAUCAUGAUAUGGUAUCUUAUUCUUAUUCAUAAUAAUAUUCUUUAAGCGAUUCUGUAAACCACCUACCAUUGACAAUGUUCAAAUCGACAGAGAAUAUUUUUUAUUAAGACUUUCUUUACAAGAUUAUCUUAUAUUUUGAGCAGAAUUUAUAAUACUCGGGAGUUUCCGAUUUUAUCUCAAUAACACCCCCUUCUACCAAAGUUAACUUUGAAAAAAUUCAAAUCGAUUUUUGAUACACACCGCCAUUAAACACCACCGGUUCCCGACACUAUCGAAAAAUCGUAAUAAUAUUCACUGUUAUGUUUUUACAAUAUUUUCCGCAUAAUAUAGUUGUAUUUAAAUAUAUUUGUAUACGAAAAUAAUACAGAGUGAUAAAUCCUCGAUAAAACACUGACAUUUUUUUGGGAAUUUUUUAUUUUUACAAGCAGUUGUCAAAUGUUACAUUACUGUUAUUUGUUGUUACUCAUGUUUUGUGAAGCAAAACCACUACCCUCUAAAUUUCCAUAUAGUAACUAACUUAUAUUUAAAUCCCAAAAAUAAAAAAACAAGAAUUUUCUUCGGUAGAAAAAGGACCAAUUAAUUAAUUUGAAAUUAAUGGUUUCCAUUAUGUUUACUAUUAAAAUAAAAUCUGAUAACUAAAACAAAUUCACAUUGAAAAUCUCAAGUUAAUUAAUACACAACAUGAGUUUUUGUUAACACCUGAAUUAACCCUAAUUAACCCGUAACACCCGAAUUUUCUUACAACACCCGAAACCCGAAUAAAUGAUUCGGAUGCAAAGCUCUGAUUAGAAUCCAUUACAUUAUAAUGAAAGAUUUUCCUAAAAAAAUAAUAAUCCAUAUUUUAUAUACUUUAAUACCUCUACAUUUACAAAAAAUAAUAUAUUUUCUCAAUCAAGUCCUGGAAUUUAAAAUAUUAAAAAUCAUAAACGUUUGAUACUUAAUCUCAGAUAUUACAUCUUAUAUUAAGUAAUUUUUAUAAUUAUUUACAGCAUUAUUUUCGGAUUUAAACAACAUGACUAUACAUAACUAUUUCCAUAACCUGUCAAAUAGUUUUAAAUAAUUAUAAUAAAUCAGUCAGUAUUUGUUGAGUUCAUAAACGUAAACCAUAACAAUAUAAUAUGUGAUCUCUGUGUGUUUAAAUAAUAUGUUAAUGUAAUAUUAUCAUUAUGUUUAGUUUUCAUUGUUGUUUGUCUUACGAAAUAUUAUAUAGAAAUUAAUUAUAAUUUGCAAAGUCCACAAUUUUAGAAGAAAUAUAUCCACUUCAAUAAACUGACGUUUGGCAACAACGUUCAAAAUUAAAUAUGCAUACCACGACAUUACGAAAUCAUGAUCGAGGAAAGGUAACUCUUCCCAAAAGAGUAAUAUUAUUUUACCCUUCAGCCGAUGUAUUUAAGUUUGGUCGAGUACAUUUUACAAAGCCUAGAUGGUACGCAGGUAGGUAUAUUGUGUAUAUUGUGUUAAACGUACUUAGCACAAACUUAGGAAUUAACCCCAAUACCGUCCUUUCAAAUUCCAUAACAUUAUUAAUUAAAUUUGAAAAGAAAAAAUACUUGAUUACAUAAAAAAAAAAACCUGAAGAUCUAUUAUUAUUAAGUAAUAUUAACUAUUCAACUAAAAAUGUGUAUAGUUACAAAUACAUUCCCUUGUGAGUUUUUCGUCGAUUCUUCAGUUACUUAUAUACUAAAAAUUUCUCAGAAGUCUCAUCUUUGUGUUUAUUUAUUUAUAUUCGUAUAUAAGGUUAAGUUAAAAUAUUAGGUUAGAUAUAAUUAAAACCUUUGUAUUCGCUAUAAUUUAUUCAUAUUUAUGUCUCAAUAAUAUUGUAUUCUCAGGCAUAAAGUAAAACACAUAGUAAAACCAAAAUCUAAAAAAAAAUGUAAAACAAAUAAUAAAUGCAAUUCUUUUUAACAUUUUUAUUGUAAUUAAAUGAUAACAGUACAAACUUAUAAAUUAUGUUCAAAUCAUUUUUAUGCAUAUCUACCUAAUUCAAAAUAUCUUUUUAUUAUAUUAUUGAAUGAAACCUAUCGAAACACGUUUGUGUUAUUUUUAUUUCUCUGGUCAUCCCCCUUUUUAUCAUCUAUCAUAUUAUACUUCAUCAACAAUAAUAAAAUACCUAAAAAAUCCAUUUUAUAUUGCUAUAACGAUUUUUAUUUGCUUAUUUUGAUUAUCAUGAAUUUCAUCUUAUUUAGUUACUCUUUUAUUUUUUUUUUUAUAUAUAUAUAUAUUUUAUUAAAUAUCGUGUUUUAACCGGAAAUAUUCCCAACGAUGAAACACGAAAGUUUCAUAAUCUGUAUAAUCUAUAAAGAAAUUACAUUUAUUCGUAUAUUAAAAAAUGACUUUUCUUGAUACGUCGUAUUUUAUCAGUAACAAAUAUCUUAACAACAUCUGUUUAAUAAUAUUCCUAAUAUACGAUAUCAAAGUACACCGAGUUGAUUUUAAGGGGACUUACGAAAUGAUAGUGCAGAUUAACUGACAACAUUGUGGACAAAAUUAAAUAAAUUAGAACCUAGUCAAAAUUAAAUUGUUCAUAAAAAAAAUUUUAGGUAAAUUUCGGGAUAAAAAGUUGCCAGUUUUGUGUAUUUAUGUGUGUUUGUGUGUGUGUGUGUGUGUAAUUUAACAUUGUCAUAAACAGUUCGGCAUUUUUAAAUCCUUUCCCACUCCCUAUAUAUUACAAUGUAUUGAAUGCCAUACAAAAUUGUAAAUAGUAUGAAAGUAGUAUAAUUUAUCACCUACGAGUAAGUUUGUAAAAAUAAUCUAUGAUUGUUUUUAAAAUAUUCAAAAUCUAAAACUAAUACGAAUCAUCUAGGGUUCUAUAUUAUAUUAUUAUUUCAUUAUUACAUAAAGAUAGUUAUUUUAAAAAAAAAUUGUUGUAUAAGGAAUCACACAAAUUGUAUACGCCAAUUCAUCAGUUUAAAGGACUUCCCAAUAGACACAAUGGUGGUGAUCUGACAAAAACUGUUCUCUUUUGUGUGUAAUGUGUACUUAGAGUGGUCUCUCUCUAGGGACCAUUUUCGUUGACAAAAUUUUAAGUUGUACACGACACGACUUGUCUUUAUACGUUUAUUUCAACAAUUUAUCUUUGUCUCCACACACUGACACACGAUAAUGUCUAAAUCCUUUAUUAUAUUGAAUAUUUUUUUUUUUUUAACUUUCGUUUAAAAAUUGGCAAAAGUAUAGUUUCCCAACUAAAAGUCGAAAAUGGAAACAUAGUUUUUGAUAUUUAUAAAAUGUAACAUUUUCAAACAUUAACUGUUGGUUUUUUUUGUUUUUAAUAUUUUAUACAAUAUACCUAUGAAAAUAAUUUAAUUAAAAUAUUUUGAUUGCAAACUUUAUUUCCUAUAAUAUUUUGUUCAAAUCAUAUGUGAAAAUAAAAAAAUGUCUGAUAACGGGGAUGGAUGUACUACUAUUGUAGGUAGAAAGCUGAGGGUAGGGUGAAUUGUGGGUAGGUAGGACACAUACAUUUAUAUAUCUGUAAGCAACGGCCACCGAUAAACCAUUGCGAAGUUCGGUUAUACAUAUUUUGACAUGCCGUUAUUCUUACAAUUUUCGAUAAAAUUUUAUCUUUAAAAACUUAGACAAAAACUAUUAAAUUACAUUUUUUUUUAAUUACAAUGAACUUAGUGUUACAUUUCCUCACAGUAUUUCUCACAGCAAAAACAAUUUCAUUCAAUUAAAACCAAAUAAAAACUAAAAAAAAGCGCGAAAAUGUAUUAUGAAAUAUUAUAAAAAUAUUAUCACGUCUAAAAAAGCCAAUAUAUUCUGUAGAAAUUGCAAGUCUUUGCAAUUAUUUUUAACUAAAUUAAAAAAAAAAACGAAAUCGAACAUAAUAAAACUGUAAACUUUCCCGUCUUCUAUGUUUUUCCUAAAUAUUAGAAAAACUACAAGGAGAAUCAAUGAAUAACUUCCUUAAUCGCACAUUUGAUAAAAUAUUUUCCAGAAAAGAUGCUACUUUUGAUACUUGGUACAAUAUUUCUGAAAGAAAACAGAAAUUUUAAAAAUUGUAAAUAAUUAAAUCGUUAAAGCUGCGACGCCGUAAAUAUUUAUCCGUUUUUUCUAUACGUCUUUCUUCCGGUUUCCCAAUUAUUCUGAAAACCACUUUUGAAAUUAAAAGAUUAUUCUUCAAUACACCAAUUAGUUCCAAAAUGUACAGGUUUCUUAAUAUUUUUUGAUUAUAGCAAGAUUAUUGAUAGAAAAUUCGUUUACAGAUAAAACAAAAAAGAACACUUAGUAAAACCAAUAAAUGUCUCGUUCAGCUCAGUAUCUAAAAUUGCAUCUGUCAAAACUAAACAUGAUCAUUAGACUCUCGAAAAUUCAAAAUUCAGGAGACCAAGUCGAAAAUUCGAUUUAUAGAGGUUUUAUAUUUAUUAAGAAUUCAAAUUAAAAAGAACUUAAAACUUGUAUUAAACAUUUAUUAUUUAAUUUAUUUUACGUUUACUAUUUAUUGUAUGUACAUAUGUACGGUACAUCGAUAUACUCGUAUAAUAUCGUGGUAUUUCUUACGAUAAAUUUAGGCCACAAUCUUAAUUAAAUAUAAUCAAAUUAUGUAAACCUAUUAUUAAAUUAAAAUAAAUAACUAAACGGCUGAAUAAUUGUAUCUAUAGUUAUUUACUAAUGUAAAUAAUUAAGUAAUAAUUUAAUAUUAUCUAUAAAAUCUAUAUCUAUUUUGCUAGUAUUAAUAUUUACUGUACCUAAUAAGAUGCCCGAGUACUAUAAAAAAAAAUUGUAUAAUUUACCCAUAUUGAUAUAAGGAAAGAAAAAUAUUCUACACUUAGAGUCCUAAAAUGUCAAAACAGUGAAUUACAUAAUACAUUGUGAACACUUUGAAAAUAAGUCAAAGUUAUACUUUACUGAUUACACAUCAUUAUAUGUUAUUUACUUUCAACCCUCCCCUAUAUUAUAGUCGGCAAGAAAAAUACUGCAAUUGAAGGUUAUGAUGAUCGUGUUAACAUUUUUUUUUUUUUUUACAAUAUAUAUAUUUUUUAAAUCGUAUAUUUUAGGCAACGUGCCAACAUAAAAUAUAAGUUAUGACAGGACCGAUUUUUCUUGAUGCGUUAAAAUGAAUACAUGUAGGUAUCGGAAUAUUUAUAAUUUACAGUAAGGUUCAUCCUAAAUAUGAAUAGGGAGCCAUGCACGAGGAUAAUUUACUUUGGCAUAUUUUAUAUAAUAAUAUUAUUACAAUUUUUUUUUUUUUAUUUUCUGAAUAAUUUGUAAAUAGCAGAUAUUUUUAAAAACUAACUAUCAUCAAAACAAUUAUUAUACGUAAUAAUAUUAUAAAUUGUUAAUAUAAUUAUUUAAUUUUUUUUUAAACAACGCAUAAAAGGCUGGUGCAAAUUUUUUAAACAACUUAAUAAUUUGUAUAUUAAAAAUUUAAGAUGUGUAUGGUAUGGUUAAUCGAUAGAACUAUAAUACACACAAGUAGUUAUAAUAAUAAAUAUGUAUGUUUUGUAGAUAAAAAUAAAUAAAAUGGUAUCCAAACUUCGUUUUAUUGCGUUUACGACGUCACCCCUCUAUUAUUGUCGAGAAAGACAAUCGUCAUCAUAACUUAAUUUGUAUUAGUUUAAACUUUGCAAAUGUGAACGGAUUAUUUAUUAGCGUGUAUAAUAUUUUAUUGAUGAUCUUCUAACAAACCCAAUAAAAGAUGACUGAGGCGUAAACGAUUUUGCCUGCAGACUAGUCAGAAGAUAAAAUAUAGUCUGCAAGCGGAAGAAGCCAAGUAUUCAAGAAAUCAGACCUUAUUAAGAGGUUUUUUUUAUAACUAGCAUGACUGAUACAAUGAGUAUGGUCGAGAUGAGCACAAUAUUCUGUGCAUAUAUGGCUUGUUCGAAAAAUGCUAACAAUUUUUGUAUUUUAAAAGACUAUUCACUAUACCGUGAUGUUUUACGUUUCAUACGUACCGUGUUUAUUUCAUAUCUAUAUUCUAUAGUUACCCUGUCUACAAAAUUAUUUAACUAUUAUGGAAUACAAUUUAGAAGUUAAAAUUACAACUGCGCAAUUUCUUAAAUUAAAGCUUCGCAUUUUCCUUUUAAAUUUAGACGCAAAUUGUGUCCAAAUACACGUUCGAUACGCCCUACACGAAAUGUUCACCAAAAAUAUUUUUUCGUUGUUGUCAACGACUUCAUAUACAUAAUGGAUAUUUUAUUUUUUAAAUUAUUUUAAAUUAUUGUUCCAUCUAAUAAGGUUUGUGUAAAAUAUUAGUUAACAAGUCUAAAACAUUAUAAAAAUUAACUUCGUUUAAAUUUGUGUGAUCCAAAUACGUCAUUAGGUACCUUAUAUAAUUGUAAUAUAUGUCGGUUUCAUUCCAAACAGGCACUUAACUAGAAUAUUUUAUACAGGGGGGGGGGGAAUAUAUUUUUGGGACCAAUUUUUAAAAACUUUACAGUGAUAUCUCCCGUUAAAGAGAUGGAUCGAAACCCUAUUGGAAUAAAUAUCCCAAAUAUUUAACGAAAACGUGUUUUAAUUUUUUUUACUACUUUAUCAGCUCAAAUAUCUUUUAUAACUCAGGUAAAUUAUAGUUUGCAACCCUCUAAGCACUUUUAGUUAUGUAUAUGAUUCCAAUGUUUUAUCAAUUUUUAAAUACUAGGUGGUGUAUACAUUUUUAAUUUUCUUAUAUCAGACUACCUACUUCUUGUCCGUGUAUAUAUUACAAAGUUUUUGUAAGUUUAAAAAAAAAACUAAUUUAGAUAUUCUAUGCCCGGCCCACAUUCAUUUUUGAUUUGAUUGAUUAAAUAUUAUGAUCAAAUCAGAAAGAUAACACAGAAAGAGAAAACUAUAAUGACUUUAUUAAUCUGUAAUCAUUUCAAAAAUUAAAAAUAUAAAUAUAAUAUUAACAAUACAACAGAAAUUUGAAAAUAACGUUUAAUUUGUAAAUAUAAUUUAUAAAUAAUUUAUUAAAUAUUUUCUAAAAUAAAGUUGAUCGAUCGAUUGACUGACUCACAUUAUUUUUUCCCCAACAAACUUUUAAUAGUAAUUAAUAUUAAAACAUUAAUGUUAUAAUAUAUUUCGUUUUUCAUGAAAGCGUAGGUGUAAUUUUAACAUUAUCCAUAAAAACAAUUAUACAACUAUACAGGUAUACCAUUAAGUCCAUAAUUAAUUUAUUAUACCCAUUUAUAUACACAAUACACUUCUAUUGUGUUAAUCGUGUGUACAGUAAAUAAGACAAAUGUAGGUAAAACUCCCUUCUAACGAAAUAAAUUAACAAAUGACUAAAUUAUAUAUUAUUAGUUUACGGGUUUUAGAAUAGUUUUUCUAAAUAUUAUUUCCUGAUCCCUAAUUUUAUCACACUGUUUCGUUUAAUAAUAUUAUAUGCAAUUGAAAAUUGAUUUAUCAUGAAUAUUAAGUUAAAUACCUAUAACAGCUCUUGAUUUUUUUUUUUGUAAUUUUCAGGUUAAUAUUAUUCAUUUAAAUUAGAAUUUCGCCAUUCACUGAUUUACCCAUCACUCCUUUAAGUUAAUGCAGUGUACGAAAACUUUUUAAUUGGUGCGAGUCGAACAGGGAUGUCAAUUAAAAUUCUAUGUACAAAACUUUAUCAUUCAACCCUCCUAAUUUUUCUCAAGUAUACAUUGAUGAAAAAGUUGUUUAAAAACAAAACAACCAAUAACUCGGAUUAAAAAGACGUCAUUUUGAUAGCGAGAACGAAAACGACUUUGUGCAUUGUUUUCGACGGACUCAAUUGCCGAUGACCAUAAAACCAUUAAAAUCCCCAAAACACUGGUGUCAUUGUGGUUUUUAAAGCUUGCUGAUUAUUUAUGUCGAAAUGAAUGAAAAGAAGAAAUUUGAAUUAUAACUCCUUCCUUAGAAUCGUUAAAAUUUGGUUCGAUGUUCAGUUAUAUAAUAUCCUUUAUGAUAAAAACUUAAUAAUAUCCUUUAUUCAUGUAUUUGAAAAAACUUAAUUUUUUUCGAAAUUUUACUUAUUAUAAUUAUAAAUAAUUUUAAAUACAGAAACCGGAAAACUUAUCUUAUUUUGCUAAUCUCAGAAAAUAAAAUAUCACUAUAUUACUAGUAGGUACAAUUAUUAAGAAUUUUUUCGGCAAAAUAGCGUGCCAAGCUUUAGUAAAUUUUAAAGCAUACUAAAACGUAUAGAUUCUCCCAUUCUGCUCUGAAUCUAUAAUUUUCAAUUUUGUUCACAUAUAAAAUUAAAAUAAAUAUAUAUAUACUCAAAAUGUAAAUUAAACAUUCUAUUUAAAGAAAAUACAUCAUUUAUAUUGUAUUCUAACUUGUACAAAUUUAAUUUCUUCAUAAAUUAAUAAUGCAUUAUUAAUUUUUAUUAAAUUUAUUUAGUUUUUAUUAUUGCAUAAUUAAAUUAUUUAAAGGUGCAUUUAAAUUAAAAUUUGAUUGUAAUUUAAUCAUAUAAAAAGAAUAUGUUAUUUAACAAAUUUAUAUUCUUUUUGUAAAAUUAAAUAAAACAUUUAAUUUAAUUGAUUGACUUCGGUGAAAUAUGAGUAAAAAUAUCAAUUUUUUUUUUAUAUAUUCAAAUCGUUAUCGUUUAUUGUUGUAUAAAAAUUAUAUAUUUUCAUAACAUGUGGCAAUAUAUUUUAUGAUUACUAUACAAGUAAAAUGGAUUACUCAAAUGAAAUUUGGUUUACUAAAGAAUUUGAUUUUUUUUUAAAUCCAACUGCCAAUGUUCGAGUUAACAUAUUUGUUUCAGAGUAUAUAGGUACCUAAUAAGAGUACACGUCAGGACUUGUAAUAUUAUUUUAUAUGAUAUUUUCCAACUUCUUAAGUAUUAAACAAUAAAAAAAAACAAUAAACUCGAUUCUAACUCGCUUUAUUCUUUUGUAUGGUAUUCAUUUUUAUCCGACAGUUCUCUUUUUCUUUUUUUUUUUUUUGCUUUUCUUUUGUUUCUAUUAUUUUUUCAUUUUCAUUUCAUACCAACACGUUCCUUGGACUUUUUGGACCGGAAAAAAACGAUUUUCAAAUUAUUGCACCAAUGCGGAUUAGUCGACGCCCGCGUUAAACAAAUUCGUAUUUCGGAGGGAAAAAAGGUCAACGGUCCACUGGGCGCUAUUAUAGGUUCCUCGAUCUGCCCUACUAGGCGAUUCCAGUGGGACGAUUUUUCGCUGACUACGAACCUCCCCCGGGCUACGAUAAUAACACGUGUGUUCAUGUUAUAUUUUUACUUUUCUCGAGAGCAACAAACCAAUAGGGUCCGUUUAAUUAAUAUACGCAUUCGGUGUAUUCAAACUUACAUAGAUCGUAUAAACUUUUAUGACAUCUCAUCAAAAAUCAAAAACAUGAAGAAUAAAAUUGGCAAUGUGAAAUACUCAACAAAUAAUACUAUUAUCAUAUUAUCAUAUUAUAUUAUGAUACAGUUAAUGAAAAAAAAAAAUAGUCAUACUUCGCACAAUGUGUGGGAUACUAUUGUAGUUAAGAAGUUGGGAAGGUAGGAUGUAGAGAGAAUUUUAAUAUAUGUCUGUACGCAACGAUUGUUCACUACAAACGAAAAACGAUAUUUAGAAAUGUUCGUUAAGGGAGGUUUCACUGUAUUUGAAAUAUAAUGUACAGAUUAUAGGAACAGUACGAAUUUAAAGGGAACAUAAACCGACGUUUAUAUUAACAUGGUUGUUUUAUUUGUGAUUUCUAUGUAUGUAGUACUCGUAUUUAAUAAUUGUAGUUUGUGGUGCUGUGAUAUGUUUCUUACUAUGAAAUAAAUUUCUUUCCUGAAUGCUACUUUAGUUUUAUUGAACAGAACUCCCCUACUAUAGUUUUCCCGAUUCGAUCACUAUUUAUAAGUAAAUAAUGAUUAUGCUUACACACAAAACGAAAAUUAUGAUUAUUAUAACGCACCAUCCUGGAAUAACUAAUAUCCCUGGUGGCUGGUAUUAAUUCAUAUUAGUAUAAUAAACUAAUAACUUAUUUAAUCAAACAAAUUUUAUUUUAUUCAGAAUACGUCGUGGUCGUUGUUCAUCCUUCGAAAUAAAAUUCAAGUUUUUUUCUUUUUAUUACGACAAUGCAACAUAAAUGAUUAUAUAAUACAAUAAUAUACAAUAAUUCAAUAAUAUACAGAAUUCAUACAACAUAAUAAUAUAAUAAUAUAAAAGCGGUCGUAAAUUAUUUAAAAUACAAAUGUUAUCAAGUUAUGUCAAUGUUUUUGAUUUCCCCCCCCCCGUUUUUUGUAUUUGUUUGGUUAAAUUGUGUAAAACCUAACAAAAUAAUAACUACACGACCACCACAGGAAAAGGGUCAUAUUUUUGUGUCAUAAAUCUUUUUCAACAACACUGACUACCGGCCGAGACGGCAUACAGUUCAAAGUUUUCGCCGUUCUUCCAAAUAUACUUAUACGAAUAACAUAACAACACGAAAAAACAAACUAUAAUUCACUCGUUUUCUUAAGUGCAGACUGCAUUAUAAUAUCUAGAUAGUUAUAUAGUAUAUAAUUCACUAUAUAUAAAAACAGAAUUCCAAAAUCUAUAAAAACGUACGACAUUUGACUAAAUAUUAUUACUUGCAUUGCAUAUUUAUUUUUGAAAAAAUAUAUUUCCUUUAUGACAGAGCAUAUUAACAUAUUAUAAUGUAGGUAUUGGUUAAACGUCAUAUUGAGACCUCCUAGACUUUUAUAUAAUUUGUAUACUUUAUAACUAAACGGACAACGAGUUUUCAAAAUAUCCUUAUUCUACAUUCAUAAUUUUAAUAUUACCUAAUGAAUAAACUCAUUUAUUUUUUAAACUCUAGAACACUAUAUAAUAAACUUAUCUUUAUCUUUAAUGAAAAGUUUUUACGAAAGUGAUUUUAUUACCCAAUUGUAUUAGUAUUUAGUAUUUUAUUCGAAAUUGUGUUACAUCUAUAAUGUUAAUUGAAUAAAGCAAUAUAAAGGAAAGUAAAAUAGAAUUCAAGUACUCCGAGCAAUGAUAUUGACGGUGAUAGUCAAGUAUUUUAUCAGCUCACAAAUGAUUUGUUAAACUUUGUACUUACCUACUUAAUUACAAUAAUAUAUCUAUAAACACAUUCUAAAAUAAUAUUAUACAUACCUACAUAUCUUAGAAAUCCUAAUAUUUAUUUUAACAUGACGAGAACUUUAUUUAGGUACCUAUUUAAGUUGUCAGUCCGCGAAAACUAUACAUUUCAAGUUAAAUUAUAUAUUUUCAAGACAAAUCAACUUUGACGGAUAGCCAAUCAACAUUAAAAACAAAAUCAUAUAUUAUAUUAAAUAUAAAUGUUACAAUAGUUAAUUUUCAAGAUAUUGUAUUCGUAAUAUUUGUUUCGUGCAAUGUUUAAAAUUAAAUUUCCAAUAAGAGAAAAUAUAUAUCACCUACAAAAAAAAUGUAAAAAGAAUUGAAAUGAUAAAAAACCUAACCUAAGGUCAACAAAUAACAAAUCAUGAAAUUUCCAUUAUUAUUGAGGGUAACAUAUAGUUGUGUGAUAAGUUAUGACACAAUGAGUUAUGACUCAUAACUCAUAAAACUAUAUUGAGUUAAUAUUAACGUAAAAAUAAUUUCAACAACUUAUAAAAUAAUGUUUACCUAAAAUUAGGUACCUAUAGUAAAUUUAAACAUUAUACAGGUUAUGUGUGUGCGUAUUUCAAAUGAAUAGUUACAAAAUAAUAAAAUAAACUGGGAAAAAGUAGAAUUUUAAAUAAAAAUUAAAUAUCAAAUAAACUGUGUGACAUUAAGGCGCAUAAUAGAAUAAUGAACACAUUGUUUCUUAAUGGCCAUUUGCUAUUAGGUAGACAAAAUUAUGAGAAUACAUUUUUCGUCUUCCUAUUUCAUUUAAGAUCCGUUUUUUUUUUUUUUUUAACUAAAAGCUUUUAUUAAUAAAAUAAAAUAUAUUAGAUAUUUUACUUUUUAUUCUAUUUUGACUAAGUUGGAAAAAAUAUAUAAAAUGAAAAAAGAUAACCAGUUAAAAAUAAAUUUGUUUUUUUCCUUUAUACUUAAUUUUAUAUUCACCUGUAACUCCUAUAAAUUUAAUAAAAAAAACAAACAUUCAAUGAACAAUUACACGUGAUGUAUGGAUUAGUGACAUAGCCAGGUGUGGCACUGGGGACAUGUGCCAAUCCCUUCUUAUUCCAAAAUUGUUUUCCGACUACUGCAGCAUAAUUAAAAUUUGAAAUAAUAUUCCAAAAAAAAAAAAUGUGCGUUAUAUUGAAUGUAUUCGAUAUUAACAUAUAAAUUACUAACUAAAUAUUUUUAAUUAAAAGUUGGAAUUGAUCUUAGUAAAUAAGUACCUACUGUUUUUAUGUAACAAGCUAAACAAUAAUUACUGUAGAUACUGCAAUGUUGUAAUAAUUAAUAGAGUUUAUACCAAGUAAGUGAAGUUUUAAUAUCUUUUACCAAUUUUUCAUUAAAUGCAAAACGUUUUUUUUUUGCAAUAAUAAGUUUUUAAACGGCCCAGAAACGAUCCUACACAAGAUAAGAGCCUUGCAGGGCAUGACCAAUUGUGGCGUAAAAUUCUUCUACAGCAUUGUAGAGGAUAUACUGUGUUUCAAGGAGAAAGAAACGAAGACAAGAGAGGUGGGUGAGAGAGCUAAUCGGCUGGGCUUUCUCCCGGCAAAUUUAUCCAUUUUACUUAACGAAGAAAAAAUCAUUAGAUUGUGGUUCCAGGUCGGCGGGUCGGUUAACUUUGAGUCCAAUCAUUGCAUGUAUAGACAUAAUAUUAUUGUGUUUAUAAUAUAGAACAUUUCAAAUUAAAACAUUGCACUCGGAAUAUCCACUAACAUAAUAUCAGUAAUACUACUGAUAUUGUUUUUUGUGUUUGAAAUUCAUUCGUUUCAAUCUACAUCAGCAGUAAAAAAAAAAAAAAUAAUAAUAAUAAUAAUAAUAACCAAAUUUAGUCAUUCAAUUCCAAAAUAUUGUGUCAAUUAUUCAAAAAAUAAAUAAAUAAUAAAAAACCAACAAAUUACAAUAGGGUACAGGAAAAAACGUAGUUUCAAAAACAUGCAUUGUUACUAUACCCGUAUUCCGUAAAUGUAGUUGGCAUUGAUAGAUAUUAUCAAUACUACUGAUAUACAGUAAAAAUAAACAAGCAGCAUAUACUAGCGUCAGUAUUAGUCAGUAUUGGCUGUUUUUACACUCACUGCCACAUUUCCGAUUUCCAUUCGAAAACCAAAGUAAUAAAACUCGACAUAGGAUAUUUUUCCUCUUUUAUAUAUUUUGAAGUUUAUAUUGACGGAAAAAUCUUUCACGGGUUUAUUCAUUUUAGUAUUAUAUAAAUAUUGAAAAAUGUGUACUUUCAUAUAUAUAACAUGCAAAAGCUAAAGAAUAAAUAAAUGUCUGUCGUAAUUAAAUGGUCAAAAAUAGAGACUUUUGUUACUUUUAAAAUAAACAUUUUAACGAAGUAUAUUGUUUGCAUUUUAUUUUCGUUUAUUUAUAUUUUAAUGUUUAUUUGCAUUCGUUGCAAACACCAAUUAUUUAAACGUCCCAAAACCACAAACUUCUUCUGUAAGUGAAAUUAAUAUUACAUUUCUAAAAUCAAGUACCUACUAUAUAAAUAUCACACAUUUUAUAUUUCUUAUAUAGAGAAGAGAUUAUAGAUUUCUAUACAAUAUAAAAUAAUAUUUGUAUACAAGUCAAACUGUAGUACACUGCCUUAGCAUCAAAUUCGAUAUCAUAUUUGAUGGGCAUAUCAGCUCGGGGAUCUUCUACAACCUAGAAAAUCCAUCAAAUUUUGCUGUACAUGAUUAAUUAAUUUAGGGGUCCAUAAAUCCAUUAAUAAGUAAUGUUAAGUAUGGACAUUUUGGGUAGAAUUAUUCUAAAGUAUAUACCUGCGUGACUGCAGUAUUAGAUAUUAAUUUUUAUUUAACAAUACCACUAUAAAGCGAAUCUCUUAACGAUUAAUUCAAAUUUACAACAUGUCAAUAAGUUGAGAAUAACUGUAUAGUUCCAUCUUACAAACACAUUUUAUAAAUAAAAUAAUGGACAAAUAUAGAGAAUUAUUAAUUUUAAAAAUGCUAGUUGUUAUUAACCUAACUUAAACAUUUUUGGGACAAUUUACAUCAUCGUAGGAAUCACCGUAAGUAAGUAGUCGGUUCACACCCAAAAAUAAGAAUGACAAAACAAAAAAAUAAUGUAACAUUUUAGAGCUAAUUAUUUCUUAAAUUUAAAAAAAAAAAGUUAACAGUUUCCAAGAUAUCGCAAUGUUCAUAUCUUUGUGGGACACCCUGUAUGUCGACGUCACUUAUUAUAUAUUAGGUAUAUUUAUCUAAAUCCAAAUUUUUAUUACACUGCAGUAGAUGUACAUAUUUUUCUUCUGAUAACUAUAAAUUAUAAGUAACAGCCCGAAAUUUUACAAUGAUAAAAAAAAAUUGGAUUCUGCAUGCACCUAUUAUUCAAUAAUGUUUUAUUUACAUUAAACAACUUUCGAAUGUCCAAUAGUUGGACAAAAUUAUCACCAAAAACAAUAAAAAUAAAAGUUUACUUAUUGAAAAAUAUUUUCGUUUGGAUAAUGUUUUUAUAGUCUACUAUUAACUAUUUAUCCGACAAUUUGUUGUUAGUAAAACUUUUUAAUGAUUUGUAUUAUUUACACACUUCAAAUAUUUUAGUUCCCAAACUAUUUUAAAAUAAUAUAAAAUUCUAUUACAACUAAACGUGUAUCUGUAUAUUAAAAUGUUUAAAUACAUACGUUUACAAACGUUAUAUACGAAAUUCAAGAAAUAUUUGAAAGUUUUCUUGUAUUAUUGUAUAGACAUUUAGUAAUAAAAUGAGCUGAUACUGCGCAACUGUUGUAGGGGAAAGUUGGGGAAAGUUGAAAAGUUGGGAUGGUAGGAUACAUAAAGCUAUUUUAAAUAUACCAGGUGAUCUAUUUAAGUGGGUCAUCCGGUAUGUGUAAGUAAAGUUAAAUCAUUGCUCACAAAAAACGAUUAUGAGAAAAAUUCGUUUAUAAAUGAUUUCUCAAUUAAGAUUUUUAUUAAAAUUUGAUCUUGAAACCAUUGUGGAAAAAGAUGACUAUACUAUGCUCGAAUUAUUUUUUUGACCACUAUAGGUACAACUUAUAGUGGACUUAUAAUGAAUAAAUAAUUUUCAAGUAUUUCAGUUUAUUCAAUUAAUUAUAUUCUUAAAGUACUUACAAAAAAAUAAAGUAUGUAAAAUAAAUAGAAAAUGUAAAAUGCUUAUAAAUAGCUCAACAAUCGCCAAGAAUCAAAUAUUCAAAAAUUCAUUGAAAAAUGCAUGUCAUUAAAAGUAGGGAAAUUUACUACUGUGUAAUGGGAAAAAAAUUAUUUAUAAAGAUUAUCACUAUAUGUACCUAAAUUUUAAUUUAUUUGAAAAAUUAUUUAUUUAUUAUUAUUUUUAACCAACUUUAGUUAACUUUAUUACAUUUAAUUUGUAAUUAAAAUUUUUGAAAGAGUAGAAAUAUUUGAGUUUUAUAUCAAAAGUUUUUUUAUUAUUAAAAAAUUAUUUUGUAUUAUACACGCAGGUUAAACAGUUGAAAUUUAUUUUAAAAUGUGUAUUUCAGUAGCCCCUGUCACUCCAAAAAACGAAAUUCAAAUCCAAAGUCAUCCGGUCGAAAUAUUUAACGUUACCUUUAAAAAGAAACACUGUGUAUAUUAGUUUGAUGAUCUGGAGAAAGUAAAACCAUUAAACAAAAUCAAAUUCCACAUCUAUAGUUUAACGGUUGAUUGUUUUAAAAAAAUUAAUAAAACAAUAUAUGAUUGAUAAAAUAUAGUUUUCAAGUGAUUUUAUAGACAAAGAGCGUGACAAAAAAAAAGUCUAUACUAGAUAGCAAGGUAUCACAGUAUUCAAGAAAUACAUUUCUUAAUUUUAAAAGUAACUAAACCUAUAAUUAAAUAUCAAACUACAAAGUUUACAAUAUUAUCGUUAGUUUGGUACUUUGUUAAUUGGAGUCUACCUUCGGAAGAAACCCUACUGAAAUGUUUAUAUCAACUAAUAGUGUUCAGCAACAACAUUAAAAUGUCUGUGUUUACCCGGCCGCUUAUAGAAAAUGUAAACUACCUUCUAUAUUAUUAUAAAACGUAAAAACAUAAUAUGUUAAUGAUAAUUACAAAUAUUAUAAAACAUAUAAUUGUUAAUAAUAUUAUAGAACAUUCUAAGUUAUUACAGUAUUGUGUACAUAUGUUUGGAUAAACCAGCAUAUAUAUGCAAUAUUUUGUAAACCUGCUUUAAACAACUUUUGAGUAUCAUAAUACUUAAAUAUGCUGGAAACCGAACUCUGAUUAACCGAUUCCUAAUAAAUAAUUCUGAAUCUGUAUUUGAAUGCGCGUGUGUGUAAUGUACAUCAAACUCUGUAUCGCGCAAAACUUUAAAAAAAAAACCUAGAAUACCGAUUUUUAAGCUUAAAUUUCUGUAUGGCUGCAUUCACAUUUGAUUUUUGUUUUUCCUCGGGAAUUAAAUGGUUUUUACUACAAACAAUUAAUAUUAUAAUGUAGUAACCUAUUAAUAUUUGGAUUUUACAGGCGACUCGCCUGGAUCAAUUUCAACCAAAAUCAGUACACACAUGAAAUUAUUAUAUUAUUUGGGAAAAAAUAACAUGGAGUAAAACAUUCCCUAGGGUUGAGGUAGUAAUAGGGAGACGUUUAAAAUUAAAUUUAUUUAAAUUAAUUUCUGGUUUUUAUUUAUUUUUUUUUUUUUUACAACCUUAUGCCGGGUGAUGACAUCUAAUAAUAAAUAAAACAAAAAUGUCCAUGAUGUGCCUUUAUCUUGCAGACAAUAUAUUGAAAAACAAUUUAUUUUUUGCAUUUUUAAGUAAGUAUGUCAAAACAAUUCAUUCGUAUAUUAAUACGUAUUCCAUUAUUUUAAUUAUUACUUAAAGACUCGACUCCAUAAAAACAAACACUUGGUGAAAAUCAUUGAAAAAAAUCAUGAAAACAUUUUUUGUUUAAAUAAAACGUAGUGUUUACAUCCUUCAGCGUCCACCUUUUGUUUUACUUUUUUUUUCACACUUUAACACCUGGCCUAAAUACUACCCUUAAACAUCCCAUUGAGUCCAAUGUUUGGAACUGAUUUAUUAGAGAUUUAUCUUAUCGAUAUAUAUAAGGACUACAAAAUGAGUAAUGGGCGUACUAAUAUAAGAACUAAAUAUAUAUAAUAUAUUGAAAGAAAAUACGCGAAACGUAUUUAAUUAUUGAUUACACUCAUCAUCAUUAUCAUUCUGAGAAAAUUUAAUUUCGAAAUGAAAAGUUUCAAAUUUUACCCAGUGUCUUACUGUACUUACCAUCAUAAUUUGAAUACAAUAUUGUAUUCGUUUCGCAAGAAAUUUAACAAUUUAUAUUAAUUAACAAUAUUAUGAUUAUAUAUAUCAACGGUUAAAAGAGUUAUUAGCAAUACAAAAUUAAUUUUAAUUAACAUAUAAAUACUAAAUCAGUGGUUCUCAACCAGUGUGUCGCGACACACUACUGUAAUGUGUGUAGUCAAAACGUUGUUUAUUUGUACAUAAAUAAGCACGUCCCCAGUCGUAAUUACCGUGUUGUGAGCAUUAUGUGUGUCAUUUAAUUUCGUUAAUUGUUUUAAGUGUGUCAUUAUUUUUAUGGAUCUAAAUUAGGGUGUCGGCAUACAAAAAAAGGUUGAGAACCACUGUGCUAAAUAAUCAUUAUAAUUACUGAAAACGUAAAAUGUAUAUGUAUAUAUAAAAAAAAAUAUAUUAAAAUUGAUAUAAGUACCUACCUUAAAAAAGCUAACAUGGUUUUCAUUCCUUAUAAAAACAGAAAUCAAUUAUUUUUAGUAUAAUAUUACCUUAACACCCGAACCCAGUUAUUUUAAAUGAUAUUCAAAAAACAACGAAAACAUAAAAGCUCAGUAAUCUCCUGCAUGCCAUUAAUAAUAAUUAUGAAUUUUAAUAUUCUCCGUUGAAACUUAUAAAUAGUUUUAUGGGUACCUACAAAUUAGUAGAAAUAUUUUCAAUAUAAAAUCUAAUAUAAUUUAGCACUGAACCGUACACAAUAAUUUUUAUCUAAACUCCUAAGCACCUUUUUAUCUCUUGUCAAUUUUAAAAUUCCUUUAUACCAUCUAAGACCACCACUAUUUUUUUAUCUUCUAAAUUUCUCACUAUCCUAAUAUAAUGGAGCUUGUUAUCGGCUCGUUUGAAAAUAAAAAAAUGAAUGCAAUUAAACCAUUGCUAAUGAAAAGUGCUUCUAAGCAGAUUAUUAAUAAGUAGUCAUAUUUUUUCCAUUGUUACCAAAAUAACCCAGACGCCAACAAAAAUUGUAAAAAAAUUGUCAGGUUUUCCCGUUUAUAAAGAAAACUAACAAGGAAAAUUUAGGAUGAGAGCGGCUACUACUGUAGGUGAGAAGUUGAGAAGGUAGGAUAAGGAAGGCAGGUUAUUUCAUGUAUAUCUGUAAGCAACGAUAAACUAUUACUUAAUGAAAGACGAUUCCGAGCGCAGUUUGGUAAUACAUAAUUUGAAGUGCCAUAAUUUUUUUUUGCGAUUUUUGUUUAAAUUUGAUUUUAAAACACUUAUUAAAAAAAAUCAACAAAAAUAUAGUCUCUUGUCAUUUUUAAAUUGGAGCCAUAUUUGUGCAAGAAAACGUGGUGGGUGCUUAUUUAAAAUAACGAAAUCGUGAAAUCGUUUUCCCAGUUAAUCGUUUUCAUUCUAAAUACUGUUUCGAAAAUCAAAAAAUGACCUAUGUAUUUAUCAAGCAGAUAAAAUUUACUUUUCGAAAAGGUGCUACACUUACACAUCGGGGCAAUUUUUCUAGGAUAAAAAUGAUCUAGAGUAUAUAAAAAAUAUAUAAUAAAGUACUAUUGUAAAAAAAUUUAAAAAAAAAAAAAAAAGUCUCCCGAUGAUUUUUGGAAAUUUUACCACAUCUAGGUAAGUCUAUUAUAAGAAUUAUUACCAAGUUGUAAUGCUCUACGUGUAUUUAUUACCGAGUUACAGAAAAAUAAAUCUCAAAAAUUAAAAUCCCCUAAAGCUCAAAAGUGGCUCAAAAGUUUUAGCACUUUUACCGUAAGAAAUUGAAUCAAAAAGACUACAAAAAAGGUGUCUUAUGAUUUUUUGAUUACAUCUUUUUUCUGGUAGAACUUGUUUUUAUAAAAUAAUGAAAUCAUGAAAUUGUACGUCUUUUUUCCCACUCAAGUGCUUUUAUUUAAAAAAUGGCGUCAAAAAUUACAUUUAAAGUACCAUCUAGACAACUUAAGCUUUCGGAAAAAUUGGAAAAAUCGGAGCAAGUUUACUAGGAAAAAACACAGACUAGAACAAAGAUCAAAGAAAAAAAUAAACAAUAAAUAAUUGUAAAACCAAUAACUCCCUCGCUACGCUCAGAAUUUAAAAUAUUGCGUUUUAUCUUAGAUCGCUGUUUUAAAAACUGGAAUGUUUUUUCUUUCGUGAAAUAAGAGUCGGUUGGUAAUGUUAGAACUGUACAAAUAAAAAAUAAAGAUACGCUAGCAUAAAAAAAUAAAUAUUUUUUAGGUCCACUCUAAUAGAUAUAAUUAUAGGUAUCCAUGCUUUAAAGUGUUUGUUCAGUUCCGUUGACCGUUGGCAUUUAAUUCGCCUCUUACUGCACGAGCACACUAACCCCACUAAUUCGUUCGUCAUUACUAGCGUAAAAGGUCCGUUACAUAAACCCGACAACUCUACAGCUCACCCACUGCAAUAGCCACCGUACACACGCCUCCUUGCCGACCGAACGGAUCGAGUGAUUCGGCCGUUGAGUGCGGUCAUAGUGGUCACUGUUUAGGAUAGUAACAUUGCGGCCAGCCAUCACGUAUAGGUAAUAUAAUAUGUGAUAUAUAUUUUAUUGCUUUAGUGAAUGACGCGUGUAUAAUUAUCGAAUUAAAUUUUGUUUUUGGGUUGACUGAACUUUAAAAAGUUUGGCUAUAAAAUAAUAUUACAAUAUAAUGUACCAAUUGUGUCGUGCAAACGUAAGUGAUGAGUAUGGGUGAUCUCAUAACAGGCCGUUGAGCAAUAUUGUUAUAAUAUGUUUUAGGAUAAUCCGAUGAUAUACCUAUCUCUAUAAUAACUUAUAAGUACCUGUUUACAACCUACCUACUUAGUAUCAAUUUGAUCAUUGAACAGUGCAGGUAAAUCCAGGAAGGGCGAUGCGGAUGAUCAACCCCCUCCAUCCUGAUGGCUCAUCAUCUCACAAUUUUCCUCGUUGGUCAUUACGUAACUUGACCGUUCGCAAGAAAAAAUCACAAAAGGCUGAUCAUUUUAUAACACGGUUAUCCGUGAUUGACAAUGGUGUUUGUUAAUGGAAAUGAUCAGUGUUAUUUUAGUGAACUUUUAUAAAGUUUAAUUUAUAUCCGUAAGCAACGAUAAACUAUUGCUAAUGAAAAACGAUUUGGAGCGAAGUACUGUUAUACAUGUGUUGAAAGACCGUAAUUUUUACGAUUUUCGUCAAUGUUGUUCUUCAAACGCAUAUUAAAAAAAAAAUUAAUGCAUUAAACUCAAAUUGGUUUUUAGAACACUAAGUACAUCUUAUAAUGUACCUUGUGUUAAAUUCCUAAGCCUUUCUCUUAACAGUGGUGAACCCAGGGGGGGGUAACGGGUUCAUUUGCUUCCCCACAAGUCAGUAGUGAAGUAGUAUGUUUUGAUUUACAAGGUUUUUUAAUUUACUAUUUUUAGCAAUAUAUUUGCACUUUUGUCCCCCCCAAAAUUGAACUUCUUAAUCAAAAAUGAUUUGCCUAGUCACUACAUUCAAAAUGUAACAAAAAGGUCCCGUCAUUUUUUGAUCAGAGCAAUAACAUCAUUGUAAAGCCAAUACAUUCCUCGCUUCUUUCAAAAUCUAAAAUAUUAUUUUAUGCAUGCAUAUCAAUGUGGCAGAAUCAUUUAGUAACUUUAUAGACAGAAAUGACAGAUAAUGAUAUAGAAAUCUGUGAAAAAAAUUAUAUUUAUAAUAAUAACAAAUAUUGACAAUACCUACCACACAGUCACAAUGUAAAUCGUACAUCGUAUACACAAUGUAUCAAGUCAAUGCAGUGUAUUCACGGAAAAUAUAUUAUUUGAGUAGAAUGGAGGUACAAUGGUGUCAACAAUUUCCAUUUAAGAAUCGAUUUAUAAAUAUUGUAAUUUUCUGAUAAAAAUCAUUAUAUUAAAAUACCUACACAUUUAAUGAAUUAUCCAGGUUCAAUGAUUAUAUGAUUGGAACCAUUUACCGAUUAUCAACCACCUCUAAGGUAAAAUUUGAUUUGAACCGAUUAAAUGUUUAUUUUAUAUAUUUUGCUCAUUCUUCUUUUUCUCCUUUACCUUCAUCCCAACUAUUUGGGGCUAGUCAUCCUCGUCCUAAACUUCCACUGGACCUGAUCUCUCAUCUCACAUACACUGUCCUCAUAUCAUUCUCAAUUACAUCCAACCACCUCUUUUUUCAGUCUUCCUCUCUCCUUAUUUCUUCUUACAAUGAUUUACAUUACAAAUAUUACUGCUUUAGAUUUAUUUCAGUCUGUUUUCUCUAUUUUUUUAAUUUUAUUUAAGCCACUACUCUUAAGCUCCCUCUUAUAUACUUAUUUCUUAUUCUAUCUUCUCUCUUCACUCUACCCAUUCACCUAAGCAUGCUCAUCUCUGUACUAUUUUUUUUGGUUUUCACCCAACACUCUGAACACCAUAAAACAUAGUCAGUCUCACCAUACUUUUGUAGAACUUACCCUUGAGUCUUAUUAGAAUUUUCUUGUCACAUAAAAUACAUGACACUUCUCUUCAUUUUAUUCAACCAUUUACUUAAUCAUGUCUUUCAUGUGCACGUUAAAGCAACCGUUCUUUUGUACAAAAAUUCCUAGAUACUAAAAACUACAAACUCACCACUUUUUGUCAUUAGCUGUCUUGUUCUGUCCCUCUAAACUCAUACUAUAUAAUCUAUAUACUCUAUUUAAUUCUACUUUUUUUUUUCUUCAAGUACUGCUCUCCAUUUCACAAAGCUUAUUGUUAAUUUAUUCCAGAUUUUCUCCUACCAAAGCUAUAUCAUCUGCAAACAUCAUGCACAAUGGUUCCUCCUCUCAACUGUUGUCUCCGCACGCAUCCAAGAUGGGACAAUCCGCCAAAGUCUGGUUUAAAACUCCUUAUACUGUUUGAUAGAAUUUUACACCGGCUAUCAACCUGACACAACACCAUUUAUCGCCUCUUAGAACAGGUAGAGGUACCAUGAUAGUAUUCUGAUUCGCUCCUACAAAGAGAUGUAUUUUACUCAUUGACAAUGCACUCAUAAUUUAAAUCCGACAAACAUGAAAUAUUUCAAAUUGUAAACUAUAGUUUUAUUCAACACAUAUUUUCUAUAAUCACAUUCCGUAUCUAACUACUUACAUAAAUUAUAAUUUAAACAAUUCGGUACUGAAACCCAUGUAUGAAAAAAAUAAUAUUUAAACUUAAACGUAUAUAAUUAUAAUUAAUAUAGGUUUUGUUUUCUUUUACCGGAAUGUUUUGUGGAUAAAUGGAAGGAAAAAUAAAUCUCAGUAUUUUACGGGACCUAAUAAAAAUGAAUUAUACUAGAGGGGGGGGGCUAGGGUGCAACGCAAAGAUAACCUGUGUGUCCCUUAUGUAGUUUAGGGAGCCUCGAGGGUAAAUUUAUUUGUCGUCCCAGCCAAGGUGAGGGGCGAUUUGUUAUUUUUCGUCGAGUAACUAAUACAGCGUUAUAACGCGCACGACCGGAGCUCGGCAACUGUAUUAUGUAUAGAAAUAUUUUUUUGGCUGCAAUUCGGAGCAGAAAAAAAAAUAAAAUCGAGAGAAAACGAAGAAAAAAGACAACUAGAUAGGGUUUUACAUUGACAGGGUGAAACAUGGCUUUAUACACACCCUCAGACUCCAAAGAAUUUCGUUUGACUUUUAGGUUCUACCCAGUGCGGUGGUAUAAAUAAAUAUUAUUCAACGAUCAGAGAUUAGGUAGUUUUUAAAUAUAAUUAUUUUUAUAUUUACAAAAAAAAAAAUGUAUAGUGUGUAUCUAUUAUUACUGCUCAAACACAUACUGUCACUGUAGAGUUUACCACUAUAAAUAAAAUAAUAUAUCUCUAAUACACUUAUUUACUCGAAACUGAAAGUAUUUCAUAUUUGCGAAAUAUUUACGAAAAAAAAAAAGGUAGAAUACAUAAUUAUUUAAAUCAAAAUCAUAUUUAUGUUAUUUUUGUUACCUUUAUUUUUGAGGGUAAAACCACCACUUAAUUUUGAUUUUCAAAUGGAAACGUCUGUAAAAAAUUUAAAAAACAGAUGGAGUAUAAGUUGAAAUAAAUUUUAGUAUUGACAUUUUUGAUUUCCGUCAAUCCGUUGACGAGAUAUUCCAUUUUUAAUUAUGGGUUGGUAGAAAAUAGUAGAGUAUCACUUUGUGGCGUAUAGGUUACCCUUUUAAAAUCAGAAGUAGAUAGUGGUUUUACCCCAAAAAAUAAGGGUGACAAAAAAUAACAUAAUAUAGAAUUCUAGAGCAGUCCUUUUCUUAAAUGUUCUAGAAAAUAAAUUCCGGAAAAAAUUAAUACCACCCCAAUCAGAUUUCCAAUCAGAAAAAAUGCUAUCAUUCGGAGCAACAUUAGAGCAAAAUUGCUGGUAAAAAAGAAACAUCAUUGUAAAACCAAUACAUUCCUUGCUCCACUUAGAAUCUAAAAUUAAAACAACAAACAUCAUUGUAAAACCAAUACAUUUAUCGUUACACUCUAAAUCUAAAAGAUUUUUAAAAAAAGCACAUAUUGUCGUAGAAAAACCAAUACAUUUCUCUUUUCAAUCAGCAUUUAAAAAUGUGAACAAUUUUGAUAAAUUCGAAUACAUGUUUGUGUGACAUUAAUUUAGAUUCUGAAUGGAGCGAAGAACCUUAUGGUUUUACAAUGAUAUUUAUUUUGUUAUUCAUUUAUUUUCUGUGAACAACUUUUCUACCAUCAAUUUUUCUCUGAUUUACAAUAAAAGCUUUUUUCCGGAAAGGAAAUCUGACUGGGGUAGUACUUUAGAGAGGUUUUUUUAAUUUUUCUCGGGAAUUUUCCCAAUAAAUGAGAAAAACCGGAAAAGCAUAGAAAAAACGGAAAAAUAGGUAAAGUAUUAAACAAAUAUUAUCAAAGAAAAUAUAUAAUAUAUAUGUAAUUAUUUUACCAUAAUAUGACAUAGAUAUUGUUGACAAAGCAAUACUAUCAACUGAACUCCGCUCAGAAUCGUUUUAUUUUUUUUUAGAUUUCUUUGAUAAAAUAAUUAAAAUAUCUGUAUUUUAAUUUGAAUAUUUUGUCAUAAAUAAAAAAAUAAUCUAGAAAAUUUCAACUACAUAUUUGAAGAAUCUUAAAAUGAUCUAACACCAUAAUUUUUACUAUAUUAAACUGUUUAUAUCUUGACACUAAAAUUUAAAAAAAAAACAGUACACCUCUAAUGAUAGUUGUUGUUAUAAUGUACUUAAUGUAGGAGUUACCUACAUAAUUGUAUAGAAAACCGAUUGUUGUAUAAAAAAUGUACAUAAUAAUAGGUGCCUAUACUUAUCAAGUAUUUUACGUGUAAUAUAAAUCGGGCGAUUAUUAUCAUUCUUUUUCUGAUUAUAUUCUUAAAAAAAUAGUCUUCGUACGCUUAGAAUCUAAAAAAAAAAACCCCAAAAAACUUUGGUAAUUUUUAAAUAACAAAUUAAUACUCAAAUAUUUGAAUGAAUGCAGAUUUAUUUCACAAUGUAUAAACAAAUCAUAAGAGAAAUAAAGGAAUAAUGGUCAUUAUUUUAUGCAUGUACUAGCUAUAUAUAUAUAUAUAUAUAUAUAUAUAUAUAAGCCUAAUAUAAUUUUAUACAUCAAAAUAUAAAAGUGAUAAAAGUGUUAAAUUAUUAUUAUGAUAUAUUGCAUACAAAUUUUAAAAUCAAUUUUACUUUAUUGAAAUAAUCAAAAUUUGACCAACACGAAUACAUGAUCCAUUUUUACUUAAUUAUUGGAUUUUGGUUUUCAAUUUCUACUACAAUAAUCUUCUUAACCUUUCUUUUGAUUCUUUAAUAAAAUAAUUUUUUUUCCCAGUCACAUUGGAGUAUGUUAGUGUCACCUUCUUUUUUUUCUUUUUAACCUCUUCUUCUUCCUCAAAUUUUCUUUUUUGUGAUUUACUUUCAUUCAUUAUACAUUUUUUGUAACAUAAAAUAUAUUGACUAUAUUUGGCCUUCGUAAAAUACUUUACUGCAUAGUUAAUUCGAUUUUGAUCUUCUAUGUACGCGUGCACACUUACAUAAUUUUCUUGUGGCAUAAGGAAACUGGCUAUAAAAAAGCUCCAAUCAACAAAUUUACCAUCACACAAAAACCAUGUUUCCCACAUCGCAUGAUCAAAAUCUUUCACGUACUUUUGUAUAUUAUCAAUGAACUUAGUUAAUUUUAACUUUAAUUCAUUAAGCGGGAUUGAAGAUUCUUCGACCAUUUUUCGAAAUACGCACACCAAACAACUUGAAAAAUAGGCCAUAUUGUGUUCAAUAUUAUCAAACUUCAUAAUCAGCGUCUUGCUUCUAUUUCCAAUCAGCCGCCACUGAUUGACUUUCCAAAAUCGAUGAACAUUCGAAGGAAAAUCAGUGAGUAAAAUAAAUGAGGCCAAAUCAUUUAUUAUUGAAUGAUUAAAAAUUGCAUCAUCCAUUUUUAGAAUUGUACAAAUUUGAUUCGUAAUCGUUGUCAUCUUAAUAGAUAAUCCGUAUGAUUCGAAGAAUGAUCGAGCGUUUAAAACUUGAUUGUUGUUUUCAUUUAUUAAUAAUUCUAAUGCAGAUUUCUCCAAAUAUCCAUUAUCAUCAUUUAAAUGCUGACUUAGAGUAGUAUGAUUUAUGUAUUCUGCGACAGAAUCAAUGGACAAUUUAAGUCGUUCUGUGGAAUCCAUUUCUUAACAGAUACUAUAAGUUUACAAUGAAUAUUCAAAAUAAAAAAUGUAAGUAAUUCUAAAUACAUGCUCUAUAACUGAAAUAGCAGAAAAAAAUGUUUUUCAACCCGAGAUUAACAAUUUAAUAUAAAAAUAACCAUAGAUCUACAAUGUCAUAAUAAACUAUUAGGCAGCACCUACCGACCCUGCCUACAGGCCAUGCAAACGACAUAGAUUAUUAUAAAAUAUGAUUGAUUAAUUCAUGGAGUAUACUCUAAUAGUUGAUUAUUGUAAUGAACCGGACCUGGUGGUACGGUUUAAUACUAUUACAUAAGCGGAAUGCACCUUCCGUCGGCGUUUCUUCAGUGAUGUUUAGGUAAAAUAGAGUUUUAAAGAAAUAAAUCAACAUUUAAUAAAGAUAAAAGUAUUGGUUUAUUAGUGAGACUGAGACUUAAGGCAUGUGGAUUGAACAUACAAAAGGAAGGUUUCAACGGCCGUUCAGUCGUUCUAACAGAAACUAAGUACAGAAAUAAAGUCUUGACAAAUCAAAGUUAGUAUAAAGUCAAGUCUUACUCUACGUAAGGUACCUACGGCAGUAUAUAUACAACUACACCGUAGGCAAGAACCCACGAAGAAGUGUUGGGCCCGGCCGUAGAGCAGUCGUUUCACAAUCCGAAAACGGUUACUCUCAGGCCUUGGUAGUUUUAUUACCCUUUGCGAGAACACUAUGCCGCCGUUCUCGGAAAUAAAGUAACUUAAAAUUUACUUAUAUGAAUAUUACUAAUUUACGUAUUACAUAUAUAAAAAUAUAAAAUAAAAUAAUGGUUGUUGAAAUAUUAGUAUACACAAGUGUCACCGACGAGACUACGAUAUACGAUAAUUUAAGUAAAGAAAAAAUAAUAACCCCGAUCACUACAUUAUUUUAAUCUAGUAUUAUACUAAGCAUACACAAAUUUCGCGCACUGAAAAUUAUUAUCACCUAGAAGGUAAAAUUAAAAAUAUCAGGGUAACAUUGUUUUUAGAUUCUGAGUGGACGAGGAAUGUAUUUGUUUUACAAUGAUAUUUAUUUAUUUUUUUAUAUGAACAACUUUUCUACCAGAAAUGUAGCUCUGAUUUACAAAUGUAACACUUUUUGCUGAAAUGAAAUUAGACUGAGGUGAUACUUUAAAAAGUCAUUUUUUUUUUUUUUUCGGUUUUCUUAAGGGUUCUCAUAAUAAAUGGGAAAAUCCGAGAAAAAACGGAAAAAUAUGGAAAAAUGUACGUAAUUUAUUAUUUUAAAAUCAUAAAUAUUACGGCUUUUCAAAACAUGUAUAACCAAACUCCACUCAGAAUUUGUUUUGUACAGAUAUAAAUUAAAUUUCCCCUGUAGCUUCUUAACUUCUCACUUACAACAGUAGCCCACCCAUCGAGUAAAAGUACGAGUAGAAUUUAUUUUGGAAAUUACGUGUUAUAAUUGAACUAAUAAUAUUUUAUAAUUAUAAAAUAUUAAAAAUAACUACUCUGAUGCUUUAAUAUAAUAAUUUAUUUGUAUGAAAUAAUACUAUUUAAAUAUUUUAUUGAAUUAUUUGCAAAGUAUAAUAUUAGAUUCUGAACACAGCGAGGAAUGUACCUAUAUUUUGUUUCACUAUGAUACAAUUUAUAUUUUUUGUGUCUGUAAACAAUUCUUCUACCAAUAAUCUUGUUCGGAAAUUGAUGGUUUAACACCAUAAAACCAUAAUAUUAAAUUGAAAAUGGUUCAAACACCAAAUCCUAAAAAAAUUCUACUCGGGUUAUUUUUUAUUAAUUGGACAAACCUACAUAAUAUAAAUCUAUAUAUGACCUAUAUCUGUACAUAACUAAUUUUAAAGUUUAAACAUAUAUCAUUAUCGUGAUGGGUAAUAUUUAAAAUUUUAACCUAGGUAUAGAUAUUUAAAUUGUGUUUUAUUUUUAAAAUAGUGUACGUUUUUGGAUAAACAAUUUAUUGUUGUAUGUCUGGCGUAUAAAAUUGACUUAAAAGAUAUAUAAACAGGAUAAAAAUAAUUUAGAUUUUAAAAAAACAAUGUUUUCACAAGACAUUUUUCAAUAUUACUUCCACUUGUAUAAUUAUCGUGUUAUCCCAUCGCACGAUUAUCGACAACGCUAAUGUACAAUUUAAUAUACGUACGACGUGCGGCGUACGUAAAACUUGUUCAAAUGUCAAUCAAAAUGUUUAUAAUUUAUAAUUUUAACAUAAUUCAGCAUUAUUACCCCGCCGUACUAAUUACUCUGAUUACUAUAAUCAAUUACACUCUUAUCUUGCAGACACUUUGUAUGAUUGACAUUCUUUAUAAAUUAUAAGUGUAGAUGGGGACAUAGUUAGCAAACACAACACAACUCCUAAAAUGUUGCCACGGAAAAGAUUAACUAUUAAAAUUAUUAUUAUUAUUUAUAACAGUUAUUUACACUAUACAAAUUAAACAAUAAAAAACAUUUAAUCCGUCGAAAGUGGACUACCCACUUUCCACCUAUUUGUUUUCAUUCAAUUCUAACACGGCCAAAACCAAAAAUGAAUAUGGGUAAAACUAAAAUAAUAAUAAUAAAAAUUGACACGGGAAACGGGCAACAGCUAGUAAUAUUAUAAUAUUUUUUAGUUACAAAUUAAUCAAAUUUUCAAUUAUUACUAUUUAUUAUUAUUAUUUUCAAUUAAAAUUUAUCAUAACACGUUUAACAAAACUUAUUUCGGAAUAUUUUUUGAUUAGCAAUUACUUAUCAUUGUGUUCAGUUAUAAAUAAAAUUACCCUAUAUAUACUAUACUAUACCUUUUCAACUUUUCACCUACACAACAGUAGAAAACCCGUAGUGCGAAGUAGUCUAUUUGCUCGUCCUUCAAAUUAAGAAAGAUAUAUUGGUGAUUUUUCCCUCAUUAUAUCUCAACAAUUCAUAGUUCAUAGAGAUUCAUUUAAGUGCUAUUAUAGAUUAUAGGUACCUAAUGUAUCCCAACUUCCCAAAUGGCCAUCCCCCGAGAGCAAGCAACAAUAAUGACGCUGUCCCACGUGAUAUAUUUUUAAGUUAAUCGUGUUAAAUGAACAAUGCUAAUUUCAACGGUGAAGUUAAUCCAUUUUUUUUUUUUUGUCAUUUGUUUUCAAAACAUUUAAUGUUUAUUUUCAGAGUAGGUACCUACAACCUAUUAAUAUUUUACAGAGUAAUAUCUAUAAUUAUUCCGUUAAAGCUUCAAUCUAAUGAAGCAUUUCCCGAUAUUUUUAUUUUGAAAAAUUCUAUACUUUUUAAAAUACAUUCUUUGAUUUUGUAAGUGUUUCGAGUUAACAAUUGACUCAAAACAGAAACUUUAUUUAUUAUUUUGUUCGUAUAAAUCAUGAGAUUUUAGUUUCUAAAAUAUUUUUACAUGAAUCCUGUUACUUAUGUACAAUUAUCAGCAAUGUAUAUAUGUAUAUGUAUAUGAAUUUAAAUUUAUUCGUAAAUUGUAUGUAUUUAUAUACGUAUUAUAUAUUCUUUUUUUUUUUUUUCAAACAUAAAAUAGAAUAUAUCAAUAUCAUAGUUUAAUAUAUCAAUAUUAGAUACCCCCGUAAAAACCGUAUUAAAAUAUUUCCGUCGUUUUUUAUUGUUAUUAUUACCUAUUAUAUAUAUAAUAGCUAGUGUUUAUCAUACAAAUCUUUACUAUUUGGCAAUCCAUACAUAAAAGUACUAUUAAAUAUUUUAAUAUAUUUAGUAUUUAAAUUGCAUAUACAAAUAUCCCAUAUCGGUCAGCUCUACAACUAUAAUAUCGCUAUACAUGUAAUAUUGUAGUAUAAUACUCAUAUAUAGUAUAUUAUACAAAAACCAUAACACUAUCAUUUUUGCAUUUUUAUAGUUGUAUCUGGAUGGAAACUUUCUAAAUGCAAAUUAUCUUUUAAAACCAAUUUUUCGGUGAGUAUAAAGAAGUAAGGCGUUAUUGUGAUUCUGUGAAUCACUAUAAUAUAGACGCGUGAUUCUGUGUUCCCUAUAAGUUCACGUUAAGCAUGUACUUAGACAGGUGACCAAUGAUCAUAAAGUUAAGUAUCGUCUUAGAGUAUUAUACAAUUAUUCAAUAUUAUUAUUUGAUAUAUUUCUUUGGUUCUAAGAAACAAGAGCUUAAGUCAAAUUUUGUUGUGAAUAAUUAUGUCUUACGUAAUUUUUUCCCCUUAAUUUUUUGAUCUAAAUAGCAUAGUAGUAUAUAUUUUAAAAUUAAUCUAUGAAAAGUACAUUUAUUUAUUAGUAUAGGUAUGGAGAAAUUAGAAGUAUAUUGAUUUUCAACAUUGAAUUUACUUAUAUUCAAAACUAUACAAAAUUAGCUUAAGCCAUUCUUCCUCAUGAGACCAACGAUUUAUAAAUAAUGUAUUUUUUGUCAUAUUAUUAUUAUAUCUUCGCAUAAUAUUCUCUCAUAAAAUGAAAAAUCAAAAACCAUAACAUUAACAUUUGAUUUAUUAAUAAUAACUUACGCUAUACUCUGUAGAUAAGAAUAAAAACUAUUUGUCUAACUUUCUUAUUUAUUAAUAUUCAAUAUUGAACAAAUAGAUCGUUAGUUAUACUAGAAUGAUUUGAAUUUUUGAAGGACAAAAUACUGCGGUAAAAAUCCGGAUGAAAAAAAAUAUAAUUCUUUCAAACAACUUUACUUUUCUAAACUUCAAAUCAUCAUUACAGUCAAUGUUGCAAAAGUGUAUUAAAUCAAUAUUCAAAUAAAAUAUUUGAAAAACUUUCAAACAAAAAUAUUUAAAAUACUUCUCGAAUGUGUACAAUACAUUUUUGAGUACAAAAACGUGUUUAAAAUUAUAUUUACUCAAAUCACUUCAUCAAAAAUACAUAUUACGUAAUAUUAUCAAAUAAAUGGAACGCAAUAAUUAUUAUUCAAGUUCAGAUUUAGAUUCUGAGCAGAGCGAGGAAUAUAUUGGUUUUACAAUGAUGUUUAUUUUUUUAUUUUUUUUUGUUAUGUGAACACAUUUUCUACCAGAAGGCUUACUCCGAUGAUCAAGUAUAGUAUCUUUUCUGAAAAGAAAUGUUCUCUGAGUGGUACUUUAAAGAGGUUAUUUUUUGACAUUCUCACUAAUAUUCGAGAUAAUGAAAAAAAUCUGGUUCUUUAGAUCAAAAAAGAUUGAAAGAUUGUUGUCAUGGAAACGCACAUUGUUGAAAAAGCAAUACUAUAAAACCGAGCUAUAUUUAACUAAAAUAAAUAUUGACUUCAAUGCAUUAUUUUAACUAUUUAUCUUUAUAUUAUAUUUCUUUAUUCUAUAGGUACUUAAGCAUCAUAAUUAACUCCGCUCAGAAUUGUUUUUUCGUUAGUAAUGGUUUAUCGUUGCUAUACAUUAAAUUCCCUUCUGUAUCCUACCUUCCCAACUUUCAACCUAUAGGCUAGAACAGUGGUUGCACCUACGUGCAAAGUAUGUCCGUCCAACGCAUAAAAUUUCCAAAUUUAUGUAGGAAUCAAAUAAAAUGUAGGUAUUAACUCAUUAAUAUUAGUCUUGAGGGACUCUAAGCUAUUAUAACUUAAAAGAGAAUACAUUUUUUUUUAUAGUAGGUACAACCAAGAAUGUUUCACGUCACAUAAAUAUAUUUUAACACUAUUCAUGUAGACCCAUACAAGUACAGCAAUGGUGGAUAUAGGAUAUUUUUUGGAGGGAGGGAGCUCCAACAUUUUUCAUAUUAACUUUGAACAAUGAACAUAAAUUAUAAAAGAGUUGAUACUGGGGAUGGUAGCGGCCACUGUUGUAGAUAAGAAGUUGGGAAGGUAGGAUACAUAAGGUUAUUUCAUUUAUAUCUAUAAGCAACGAUAAACCAUUGCUUAAUGAAAGACGAUUCCGAGCGCACUUUUGUAAUACAUAAUUUGAAGUGCUAUAAUUUUGUUUAACCUAACCUUCCUAUAUUUUUCCCAAUUAUUAUGAAAACUAAUUCAAAAAUCAAAAAAACGAACUGCAUCAUUAAAAACAAGAUUAAUAAUCAACAAAAAAAGUAUUUUGUCUUUUUCAAUUGGAGCCAUAUUUGUACUAGAAAACGUGGUAGGUACUUAUUUAAAAUAACGAAAUAGUGAAAAAUCGUACUUUUUUUCCCCCGUUAAUCGUUUUUAUUUUAAAUAAUGUUUCGAGUACUGUUACCAAGUAGAUAAAAUUGGCUUUCAGAAAAAGUGUUACAUUUAUACAUCGGAGCAAGUUUUCUAGGAUAAAAUUGAUCUACAGUAUAAAAAAAAGUACCAUUGUAAAAAAAUUAAAAAGUCGUCCGAUGAUUAUGAAAAUGUUACCACGUCUAGGUAAGUCUAUUAUAAGUAUUAUUACCAAAUUUCAAGUAGCUACUUGUAUUUAUAACCAAAAUACAGCAAAAAAAACUUCCAAAAAUUAUAAUUUUUUAAAAGCGCUAAAUAGUUCAAAAGAUUUGGGAAUAAAACCAUAAGAAAUUAAAUCAAAAAGGCAACAAAAAAGAUAUCUUGUGAUUUUUCGAUUAAAUCAUUUUUUUUAGUAGAAAACGUCAUCCGUGUUUUUAUAAAAUAACGAUAUCGCGAAAUUAUACGUUUUCCCACAAGUGCUUUUAUUUAAAUAAUGGCGUCAAAAAUCAAAAAUUAACUUUUUUAAAGUACAAUUUAAACAUCUCGAGCUUAUAGAAAAGUUGCUACACGUAAAGGUUGGAGCAAUUUUAUUAAGAAAAAACGUGUCCGUAGACUAGAAAAAAAAAAAGAAAUAAACAUCUUAGUAAAACCAAUAGCUCUGUCGCUACGCUCGGAGUCUAAUACGGAUACAAUCAUGUAUCAACAUUAUCGACUGUCGUAAUAAUUAGUCUAACCGCAAUUCGAACGACGAUUUAAAACUAAUGUUACUCAUAUUAUUACAACUACAAUUAUAAUAUCGAAUAUUGAAAAAUGUACAACUGUCAAGAGGAAGUGCGGGUCCUCUCAGACCCCCCCUUCAAUUCACCACUGAAGUACCUAUACAGUAAAAUACAAAAUUAUUCUCUAUUUAUAAUACCUACUGAUAUACCACUGAAAUACCUCAUUAAUAUUAUAAAUAUUAUUAAAUAAACAAAAAAAGAAUAGGUACGUUUGUAGUUAUUAAGUUAUUAAGCUAUAUUUCAUAAGUAUAUAUCAAUAAUUUAGCGAAUCUUAAUAUAUAUAUAUAUAUAUAAAAUUAGGACGCAAACCAAAGGAUUGACGAUUUCGCAGUAGCACUUAAAAGAAAGGUUGUGGUUAAUUAGGUUAUUUUAUAAAACGUUCUUUGAAUAUGGCAUUUAUCCAAAAAUAAAUUUAAAGUGUUAUUGAUCGGCUUAAUGUGCUGGAAGUUAUUGCUCUUUAUUAAAAUUUAAAAAAAAACCUUCAAGGAUAGAAAUACGUAUUUGAUGAGUUACGCAAAUUAAUAAAAUAAAAAAUCUAUGACUAUAUUAUACGGAAAUGCAUAUGUUUAUUUAUAAAAUAUCAUGCCUUUACUAAAUGACUGACUGACUGAUUCAUCAUCGCCUAGCCCUAACUACUGGACGGCACGGGCUGAAAAUUGACAUACAAAUAAGUUCACACUUAAACUGCCUUUUAAUUAAAUAACUAGCCAUCGAUUUUACGCAUAAUACAUAUUAAUCAGUUUUGUAAAACUGUAAAACUGUAAAUGGUAAAACAAUUUAAAUUAUAAUUAUUCAUGUUUUCAUAAUUUAUUAUUACGAGGAAAGAUAUAAUAUUUUUAUAUGGUCACGAUUUUGUAUGUAUUCCGUAAGUAAUUAAUUUUACGGCGAUAUAAAUUUCAAAUAGGUAUUUACCGAUUUAGUAUAAUAUUAUUAACUAUGAAUUCUAAAAAAUGGUCUUCGUUGUCGUGAAAAAUAUACCUACCUAUUGGGCCAACUAAAGUACACUCAUUAUUAAAUGGAAAAUAUUUUGAUUACAAUAUUAUGACUUUUAGUCACAAAUCACAUAUAUACACUUGUUAUAUAAGUAUAUUUACACAUCAGUAUCAUUAUCAUCAGAAGGCAGUUCUCAGAUUCAGGUUUUCAACACAGCUAAAAACAAAAUACGACGUUAAUAAUUUUAAUUUUUGCUCCCAACCUGAACCUAACUUUGUUUAAACAUUUAUUAAAGCCAAUUAAUAACGGUAUAACAAGUAAAUAUUUUACCUACGUACAUUCAUAUUAUUAAUAUGAUUGGAAAAAAAAAUUUGAAAAGAAAGUAAAAAUAUCUGAAAAUUAUUAUCUAAUACAAAUUAUGUUAUUAUAAGUAUAAUAUUAUUAUUACGGUAUUUUCCAACACCCACUCGUAAAACGAAAAUUUUUUUUCUUUUUAUAGUUUUACUUCCUUCUAUAUACUUAUUUUUUUCUCGACUACCUUCUAACGCCGAAGUAACGCAUGUACUACUCGCGUGAUGACAUUUUUAUCGAGCGUCGACAGUCGUAAAUACGAUUGGGUGAAUAUAACCGGGUUUCAUCGGAAGAAAAAGAGUAUAAUAUAAUACGGACAAACGCGAAGAGUUAUAAUAAAAGUCCGAAAAGAGGAGUGUCUCCUUGUAAUAUAAUGGUCCUAUACAUUGUAUGUGUUUCUAUAGGGUUAAUGCGACUUUCUCAUCGGUCACAAAUCAUUGUUACAAGCCAGAAAGAAAAAAACACUGUGGAUUUUUCGUACGCUCGAGUUGUAUAUAUUAUUAUUUUUUUCACACAGGAGGCUAUAUAGAGUGAAAACAUUGAAAUCGGGUAACAUUAACGAUACGUGAAAUUACGGUAAUAUAUUAUUAUGUACCGAUAUGUAAAGUUAUUUUUAUAUAGUAAUACUCGUAAUAUCAACGUACCUAUGAUUUGAAUAUUACAGGGCACUUUUUAAAUUUAAAAAAAAAAAAUUUAUGAUUCAAAAAAUAUACCUAGCUAAUGUAUUUUUUCACCGGAAAGCUUACCCAACCUCAUGCGAGUUUAUUUUUAAAAAAGAACUGAUACUAGAGACGGUUGAGGCCACUAUUUUAGGUGGGUAGAUGGAAAGAUGGGAUACAUAAAAUUACAAUGAAACCUGUAUAUAACGGAGAGUCACGGGACUGAAAAUGAUACAUUAUUUAGUAAAUUUUCCCGGUUUUUUCUAUUUAUUAUGAAAAUCCCUGGGAAAAUCAAAAAAUGACUUUUUUUAUAGUACCACGCCAAGCUAAUUUCCUUUUAGAAAAGGUGCUACACAUAAAAGUUGUUUAUAUAUAAAAAAAAAAUAAUAAACAUCAUUGUUGUCCUGGAAAUUAACUUUAUCCUUAUUAUCAAACAUGUACUCUGACAUAAUCGGUAUUCGAAAUACACCAGCGACUCUGUUGCGUGGUAAAUAUAUUAGCGUUUCCAAUACAUAUUUGAUUUUGAACUAAGAUAGUUGUCCAUUAUCAAAAUAUUGGGAAAAUAUCACUGUCCAUGUCCGUAUAGAAAUAAUCCGUUAUAUAAAGGCCACAAUACAUUAAAAUGCUUAUCUUUUUGCCGGGUUCUUAUUAUUUUGUCCAUUAAUGGAGGUAACUAAAGCAAAGUAAGAGUAAAUUUGUCAGUUUUCAUUUUUUUUUCGCUACGCUCCUAAAAGCUAACUUUAUUUACGCAACUUAAAAAUUAUAUUACCGAAAUAUUGUUCCAAAUUAAUUACCUAUUCGCAAUAGAAAGCGAAGUGGUCGACAUUUGGUGGUAUAAAUCGCUGUAACGGGGCCGAAACCUAGAUUAUUAAUGAAAUACAAAAUAUUGAGAAUUGGUUAACCCAAUUUGAUAUAAACCACGCUUCGUGUUUUAAUUUUGAUUACACUUUCGCAUUUGGCAGCUGCUAACCCAUAAGUAUGGAUCAUGCUUAUUGUGCCACAACACCAAAAACUCCCAAAAACAUAAAUAUUGUCAUGUUCCACAUUUUAAAAUAAUGUAAAAUAUUAACUUAGUUUUACUAAAUUUACAAAUUAUAUUCUCUGUGUAAACAUAUUCAAAAUGCAUUCAAAAUCCUUUAAAAAUGAAUAUUAAUAAUUCUCCUAAAAAUAAUAUUAAUGUGUGCAGCAAACAGUGGCGGUUUUGAUAAAACACCAGGGAGGUGGGACGAUUUUAAAUUUGUUUGGCCCUAUACCAUGACAUACAUAAAUAAAGGAUAAAAUUUGUUUAUUGUCCAAUCAUAAAUUACAGGUCAUAACUUUCAUUUUAGAUUUUGAAUGGAGCAAAGAAGCUUUUGUUUUUAUAACUGUUUUAUCUUAGAACAACUUUUCUACCAGAGAUCUUGCUCUGACGUAAAAUAAAGCAACUUUUCUAAAAAGAAAUUUUGUUGGGGAGGUACUUCAAGGAGAUCAUUUUUCGAUUUUCUCCUGAGUUUUCUCAGCAAGUGAGAAAAAUUGAAAAAAAAGAGAAGAAAAAAAAGUCCGGGGGGGACGAUUACCCAUAAAGACCGCAACUGGCAGCAAACGUUUUAUUAGAGAAGAUUUCUUGCAAUUUAAAACAAGUAAUUUUUAUAAUUUAGUACUAAUGCUCAAACUAUAUAGAAUACCUACCUACCUACCCUCAAUCAAUGGUCGCUUAAUGACACCAAUUAUCUAAAAAUGUCAUUAAGCUGAAAAACCGAAGUAAACAUUUUUCUAUUUGAUUAGGUAUUACGAAAUCGAAUAAAAUGUUAUUAUUCAUCUAAUUAUUUAAUCAUUCAUCAAAAAACAAAUAAAAUUAAUAAUUGGCAUUUUGAAAUUGGUUAUUAUCAGUUAUCAACAUAGACAGUGGCCCCAUUAGUAAAAGUAACUACAGCGCCCCUAUAUUUGCUUUCUAUCGCAAAUAACAAUUUAAGGUAUAUAUAUUAUUAUUUGGUAUUUUUGCUAAAAAAUAAAAUUGUACUGAUUUUCACUAACUUUUGCGAAGUCUGUGAUUUUAUUAAAUACCUACUAAACUAUAUAAUAUAUACACUUUUUAAAUAAGACAAAUUCAAGAGAACGCCACAAUAUAGUUUACAAUCUUUGUAUUACCUAAAGUAAAAUUAGGUUACCUAUUUUAUCUACAUAGAAUUUAAACUGUGGUAAUUAAGUUAAUAAAUGAGUUUUCUUAAAUUUUUUUUUCUAAAUUCACCAUGUAAAUCUGGAUAUCUGAAUUAAAAUGGACGACCAAUUAAAGUUUAUAUUUAUUCAAAAUAUGGAAUCAAUUUUUUAAAAAUUGAUUCAUAUGAAAUAUGAACUUAAUAUUUUGAACUUUGAAGUUCAAAGUUUAAAAGGAUGAAUUAGUUUAUUUGAACUCGUUCCUUCCAAAGUAUGCACCUGCCUAUAUAUAGAUACAGGCUAAUUUAAUUAAUAUUUAUCCUUAACAAUUAAAAAUAUCCACAUUAUUAAUAUAUUAUACUCACUACAAAUAAUUCAUAAUUUAUUUAUUAUAGUCAUUAAUUCAUUGGUUACCUAUUGGGUACCUACUAAGUAUUCGAAUAGGAACUCAAAUUUAAUAUUUAAAAUUGUACAUACACAAGUUAUAUUUUACCAUUUUAAUUAUUUAAUUACUAAACAUCUUUUUUUAAAUAAGCUAUAAUGAUGUUAAUUGACUAAAAAAUGUAUAUCGAACUUUUUUCUGUUGUAAUCCCAAUUUGAAACACGCAUCUAUAAGACUGCUGGCAAUACGGAUGUCCAUAGAAGCAUUUUAAUGACUGUACUAAUAUACAGGGUCUAAAGAAUACAAAAGAACCAUAAAAUAAUUUUCACUUCAUUGGGAAACUCUUAGACCUUUCGUUAAUUAAAUACUAGCAUAUAUUUUAUACAGUUAUUAUUUGAAUUUCGGAAAUUUUGUUGAAUUCCUUGGACAAUUAGUACCAUCGUUAUAAUAUAGCGUAGCAGUAUAUAGUACAAUAGAAAAACUAAUAAUGAGCUAAAUUAUUUGUAUCAAAUGUACAUUAUAUACCAUGGACGUAUAGAAAAAUCCUCUAUAAUCGAAAUAAUAUCUGUAUUAUUUCAUAACGUUUGUAUAGUACACUUGAUGCCUACACUCGUAAAUUAACACAAGAUUAUAAUAAUUUAACGCACAAUAAUAUAGUAUAAUAUUUAUUUCAAAACUAGGUUUUUUUUUAGAAUAAAUUGGAUUUAUAAUUUUUAUUUUUUUUUUAUUUUUUUUUUUUUUUUUUUUUUAUCACAGCUACGAUAUCAUACAACAUAAUACUUAACCUCUCUUAAUAUACAGUAAAUAAUGUACCGUUAGUAUCCUCAGAAAUUUUCGGGCUAAUAAACAUUAAAUUAAAUAGCCAUCAUUAGUCAUUACUUACAUUAGGCAAACUAAUAUUAAGACAAUGCAAUUAAUUAUUGUAUUACGUUAGGUCUCCUUGCAUUUCUAGGUAGACUAAACAAAAAAACAUUACCUAUUCGUUCAAUUUAAUUUUUAGUGUUUCGCAUGGAAUUAAUAUAUGACCAUACAAGCGAGAAUCCUAGGUUAUCUAUCAUAAAACAAAUGGGUGCAAAAUGAAAUACUCGGUACUGUUUAAACAAAUUCGUUGAAAUAUUUUAACCGCCACAACAAACUUUUAUUUUGUACAUUUUUAGGCCAAAAAAAUAAAGAGGACGUGAAUGUGUGAGUAUAUAUUUCAGACUAAUAUGCGAAUGAACUAAAAUUUGUUGUUGUUAAUUUACCUAUAGAAACGUCAUCAAGAUAACUACGCAAUAAUUUAUAACUAUUGAACACUUAAUACAAUAACGAUAACGGAUUAAUCCGUUAUCGUUGAUUUCAAUUUUGAAAUGGCAAAAUAAAAACUAAAUUACGGUUCUAUAAUAUUAUCUAUACAUCUAUACUCUAUAAAUACUAUAGGUACUCGAAUAAUUGAUCAGAGUGCAUAAUGGCUUUAUUUAUAGGGUCAAUUAGAUUUCGUAAUUUUAUAUAUUAUGUUAACUAGUUUUUAUUUUUAGAAUUGCAUAAAAUAUAAUCAGUAAUACCUUGAGUUUUAUAUCUGACAUAUAUGUACCUGUACGGCUAUGUUACAUUAGUGUAGUAAUAACCUCUACAAAAUUAUACGCUUAUAUUCAAAUGAUAAGUUUAGUACAUUAUUAUCAACGAAAAAGAUAUUAUUUUAAAGCAUGAACGAAUUAAUAUUGCCUUAAAUAAUAUCAAGGUUAAAGCAAAAUAAACAAUACUUAUUAAAUUAUGGAAGUUAAAAAAAGCUACAACUAGUUUGCGCACAUUUUAAAAUUUCUCAUUUAAAACCUGGCAUUCAUUUACGCACAAAAUAUUUAAAAAGAAAUCACUCAGUUGCGCAAAAAAUAUUUUAAAAUUAACCACACAUCUGCAUAACAAUAAACUAUACAUUUAUACGUACAUAUUUAUAUAAUUAUACAUACAAACAAUGAUUUAUCAAUGAUUUUGUCAUUAAACUUCGAUAAACUUUAUCAUAUGUGAAAAUCUAUAAAUAAAAUAUCUAGAUUCCAAAAUUGACCAAUUGAUGUACUUCGAACAUAUAAGUUACCGUUUUUAAGCCAAACCUUUAAAGGCAAUAAUUUAACUAAACCGAUCUUUAAAAAAUUAUUAUAUACUAUAGCUAACAUGUAAGAUAUUUUUAAACACACAUCGCACCAAAAGCAUAUUUUAAACCACAUCAGUCUAAGUCUGAAUAAGUAGGAAGGAAAAUUUAAGUGUAUAAUUUGGGCACAAACGAAUUGUAAUUUCAAUAAAUUUGCGCCCAUUUAAAAAUACUAAGUAUGGUAUACCUAGUUCAAAAUAUUUAUUGUGAGGUAAUAUUAAAAAAGACGGACAUACUUCACACGAUAGGUAGACUGCUGCUAAAGAUGAGAAGUUAAGAAGGUAGGAUAUAGUCAUAUAGAGGAAAAUUUAAUAUAUAUCUGUAAACAAAUAUUAACCAUUGCUAACAAGAACGAUUCUGAGUGGAGCUCGGUUAAUACUUAAAAUUAUUGCAUUUUCAACAAUAUAUUUGUCAUGAGUUUAAGAAAAAAAAGCAAGUGAAAAAAAAACAUAUGGAAAAAAAGCGAAUGAAAGAAAAACAAAUGGUAAAAAAAUCCAAUAUAUUUAUUUUACACAUUAUAAUAUAAAAAUAAAUAUUAUUGGUUCGUACUACAUAAUAUUAUAUAGUACCAUAGUACCUACACAAUAUUUUAAUAUUAAUAUGAUAGUUUAAUGAUAAUAUUUUAAACAUUUUCACACAAAUACUUAUCGAAGCAAGUUAUCGAAAUCUGUAGUUCAUAAUCGAAAUCGAAUUUAACAAAAAUAACUACUAUAAAUUGUAAGGUAAGUACAAAAUAAAAAAAAUCAACAAAUGAAGCUAAAAAUAUCAGGAAUAAAGCUAUAGCUAUAAAAUAUUAUGUACUCGUAUAACAUACGCUGGACGCCGGUUGUAGAUAACAAAAAAUCUCGAUAAUAAUAAAUCGAAAAUUUCUUGAAUGCUGUAGCAUAUUAUAUUACACGUUUUAAAUAAAUACAUUUUUUCAUAGAAACUUACAUAUUUUUAUUUUUACUUUAUUCGUACUUUUAUUUUGACCACAAAUAAAUAAUUAACAUCCUCUUCAAUUUUCAAGAAUUUCUGUUUAGUCUAACAAUUUUACCACUAUCAACCGAAUAAAAAUUACGUAAAAACUCACAAAAUUAAAACGUCUAUAAAUAGAUCAAAAAUGGUAAAAAAAAAUUUGAAAAUUUGACCACGUCAAGAAUAGGCAAAUAUAAGUUUCGUGUCCAAAUUUCAUGUCCAUGAAGUCUAUACAAAUUUUUUUGACUGAAUUUUAACAAGAAAUUAAAAUGUUUAUAAAAAGCGCAAAAGUGGCUCAAAUAUUUUUAAAAUAUUACCAAGUUUAGAAAUUUUCUGUAAAAAUUUCAAGGCACUACGAAUAUUUUUAACUGAAUAACAAAAAGUAAUAAAAUUAAAAAUAAUAAAAAACAUUAUUCUCGUAAAUGUCCCGUUUUUCAUACGUUUUAGGGCAGUGUAACCGGGAUUAUUUACCCCCGUGAAAUUUUACCCCCCAUCCUCCGAUAAAUUUCACAAUGGUUUUAGAUUCUGAGUGGAACGAAGAAGCUUAUGGUUUUACAAAGAUGUUUUUUUUUUAUCUGAGUGCAACUUUUCUAAAGACUUGCUCGGAUUUCUACAUGUAGGACCUUUUUUGAAAGGAAAUCGGCGUGGAGAAGUACUUUAGGAAAGCCAUUGUUUGAUUUUCUCAGAAAUUUUCUUAUCAAAUGUGAAAAACCGGAAUAAAACAUGGAAAACCCAGGAAAAAUGUAUAAGAAAAUUGAGAAAAUCGGUAUAACAUUUAACUAUUAUUAAAGAAAACAUAUGAAGCUUAUUUAAUUAUUUUACUACAAAUGACAUACAUAUUGUUGACAAAGUAUCACUAUCAACUAAAUAUCACUCAGAAUAGUUUUUUCGUAAUUAAAGGUUUAUUGUUGCUUACAGAUAUACAUUAAAUAAUCUAAAACAGUGGCUACACCCGUCUCCAUUAUCCUAGGAUUUCUUUUAUUUUUAAUAACUGUUAAAUUUAUUUAUUAACCUCUCAAAUUAAACCUUACUAUAAUUAUUUUUAGAACCUUUAAACAUCUUGAUGGAACUUGUAGGUUGUACACAAAUAAUAUAAAGAAAAAUAAUUUAAAUUAAAUAAAUAAUGUAAAUAAGUAUAUAAUUAUAUUAUUAUAAAUUUGUUUGUAUUAACAGUUAAAUAAUUCAUAACUGAUUGUGUAUAAAUAUAUAAAUCAAAAUAAUUUUACCGGGAGGUAAAAUUCCACCCGGUAAAUAAUCUCGGGUAUUCAGAGUUUUCCCAUUAUGAAAACCACUUGGGAAAUCAAAAAAUUAUCUCCUUAAAGUACUAUCUAGACCAAAUUUGUCAGAAAUGGUGCCACAAGUACAUAUCGGUGAAAGAUUUCUGGUAAAAUGUUUGUGACAUUUUUGUAAAACCAAUACAUUCUUUGCUACACUCAGAAACUAAAACCCAACUAUAAUAAUAAAAAAUAUAGAAAUAAGUAUUAUGGAUUAUUGCUAAGUAUAAAUUAUAAAAACAUUGCCUUAAAGUUACUCUUUGAUCCGAAUGGUGUGUAUAUAGAUUACGGAAAUGAUCAAAGUUUAAAUGAAAACAAUGUGUAAAUGUGGUACAACCUAAUAUAUAUUACAUAAGAACGAAAAAUGAUAACUUAUUAAAGUUUAUUUUCCUUACCUUAACUGCAAAAACAAUGGAAAUCAACAUGUUGAACAGAAUUUUGUUUAAAUUGUAUAAUAGAAAAAAUCUAUAGGUGUUCACUAUUCAUUUGAUCGCAAGUUGUAGUCAAAAUUAUAAAAUUUAAAUUAUUCUGAAAAAUAUUUAUUAUAUUAUAUAAAAUCGGUAGAAUACUUUAUACCUAAUAGCUAAUGUUUAUAAAAUCAAAUAAUUUACAAUUUUAAAAUACUUAUAAAAUGUUAAUUUAUUUUAUUUUUUUUUUUUUUAAUCCCAAUUUACUCAAUUUUAAAAAAAUUCUAUAUAUUAAAACAUAAAUGCACACGAUUAUCGCUUCCAAUUACCUGAAUGAUAAAAUAUUUGAUUUCAAUCACUUACUAUGAUCUUAUAAUUAAUUUAUUAUAUUGUACCUAAUACACAUUAAUAUUUUACUAUUUGGUGUCAUUCAAAUGCAAAUAAUGCAAAUAAUUUCCGUUUUUUUACUACCUACUUAGAUUAUAUUAUAAUGUAUUUUUUAUUACCUACUUUCCAUUCGAUUUUUCUUAGUUUUUCUUCGGUUUAGAUUCUGAGAGCAGCAAAGAAGCUUAUGGUUUUACAAUGAUGGUUUUUAUUUUUUUUUAUAUAUUCUACCAGAAAUAUUACUCCGAUUCACAAGUGUAGCACUUUUUCUGAAAGAGAAUCUGACUGGGGUAGUUUUUUUGAUUUUCUCAGUAGUUAGUACGGAAAAAACUGAAGAAAAACUGGCAAAUAUACAAAAUGUAAGUAUUUGUUAAAAAAUAUAACAGCCUUUUUUUUUCCUGUGAACAACUUUUCUACCAGCAAUGUGUCUCCGAUUUACAAUGAUAGUACUUUUUCUAAAAGGAAAUCUGACUGAGGUUGUACUUUAUGUAAGUCAUUUUUUGAUUUUCCCAGAAGUUUUCCAAUAAAUAGGAAAACUCGGGAGAAACAUAAGAAAACCGGGAGAACAGGAAAAUAGGUACAAUAUUAAACAAAUAUUCUUAAAGAAAAUAAAUACGUAAUUAUUUUACCAUAUUGUGGCAUAUAUAUUGUUGACUAAGCAAUACUGUCAACUGAACUCCGCUUAGAAUUAUUUUUCCAUAAGCAAUGAUUAAACUUUGCUUACAGAUAUACAUUAAAAUUCCCUUCUGUACUUUAUUUUCCCAACUUUUCACCUACAAUGGUGGUUGCACCCGUCUUCAUUAUCCUAGGACAGUGUUUGUUUUAUUUGUAAAUAAUUAUAAAUUAUUUCUUUUUUAUAUUGUUACCUAGUUAGUUAUUAUUUAAUAUAUAGUAUACAUUAAGGUUGUGAUAAAUCGACUUAAAACUUAAAUUGUAUACAAAUUUCAAUUAUUAUACUAUACGAAUAUAGGUACCAAUUUAUAUGGCACCAGAGUGUUGUACUUGUACAACUUUCUGAUUUUCUGAAUUUGGAUUGUUGUUUUAACCCUAAUACUAUUAUUUAUUCUAUAGGUGCAUUAAAUAGGGCGUCCGGGAAUUGGGCCACAAUGAAUCUUUUUUCAAAAAGCUAUACGCUAAUUGGGUCACUAAAAUUUUACAUUUAUAUCAGGUAAACCCGGUGAUUGGGCCAUUAUUUUAAACGAUUUUUCACUAUUGAAUCCGGUAAUUGAGCUACUAUAUUUUAAUAUAUUUUAGAUUUGACAAAAGGUAAACAACUAUUUAACACCCCUAUUUUCAACCAUAUUAUUAUUUUUUCCGCGAUUACAAAUCUAAAUUUCUUAUGUUCGUUACAUUCGAUUUAAGUUUUUAAGCACUUUUGAAUACUGUGCAAAGCAAUCUGUAUGACAUUAUUUUUAAAAAAAAAAUAUAAUUAUUUGACUAUUGUUAUAUUGUAUUUUAUAUUAUUUAUUCUAAUGUAUUUAAAAUUAUAUAUUUUUGUGUUAUACAUUUGUAGCCUGAUCUCCGGGUAUCCUUUAAAUAUAUACUUUUUAUUUGUGGCCCAAGACCCGGGUAAUAAAACAUACAAAAAUAUUGUUUACGGAUCAGGUAUAUAAAAUGUGGCUCAAUUCCAGACCGCCGAUUAUAUAUACUAUAAAUUAAAAUAUUUUCAAAUUUCAAUUUAAACAUCACAGUUUAAUCAUCAAUUAUUUGCCUAACAUCGUCUUUGUUUGGUUUUUUUUUCAGAAUAAAAUCAUGUAAAAAAAAUGAGGGCUGGUAGGUCAACAGUGUUAACACCUCCGAUUUUAUACAAUAGUAGUUGCUGGCAUCCUCGUAUCUAUGCAAAUGGUCUUGUAUUUCGCAUAUCCAUAUCCGGUAUUACAGAAAGUACAUUUGUCUCACUUUUAACAGUGGCCAUACUCGUUGCUAAUCUGAUGGUAAUAAUCACGAUUAACAGCGACAGAUAUACAAAAUUUAUACACCCACAGGUAUACAUUAUGUAUUUUUUUUAAGUUCGUACACCUACCAUGAAUUUGAAUAAUUCGGUAACCGUGUCUAAAUAUUUUCUUAUUUUCUAGCCUCGAUACUUAGUAACAUCACUAGCUUGUAAUGAUCUUGCGAUUGGACUGAUGGUGACGCCAUUGGCUGCUUUUUCGGCUUUGGUUCAUUGCUGGCCGUACUCCGAAAUCAUAUGUCAAAUUCAAGUAAUUAUAAAAAGUUCAUUUCAAUAUAAAUUUUCUUCAUAAACCUUUAUAUCAACUAGUAGGAUAAGAAGAUCAAAGAAUGUUACAUAACAUACUUAUUAUUUAUAUUAUAAGUUAUUUGAGAUACAUAAAGUUAACACCAUAAAGUUCACAAAAACUUUUAAAAAAACAUUUCAACAAUCCCUACUCUCACAUGUUGAACAUUGUCGGAAGUUUGUUGGAAAAUGUUGGACAAAAUUAAAAGCUCUGUAAACAAAAGAAAAUAUGGUGCUGGGAAGUUAGCACUACAUUAUGAUUAAAUAAAACAAUAUUGCAGAAAUAAUAUAAUUUUGUAUUCCAAAAACUUUUGAAAACGGUCCAACAAAUUGACCAUUUUAAUGAAAAAUAUUCACUCCAACAAUUGUUUUUGUAAAUUUAAACCCCUAUUUUCCUCCAUCGCCACAAAUAUAUCUAUCAUACGUAGAAUAAUGAAAAAAAAUUAAAUGUUUACACUUUUAAGCACCAACAAACUUUGAAAAUGGUCCAACAAAUCAGUUUUGAUCAAAAUAAAUAUACAGCCCAACAUAUUUUAUUUUAAAUUUUAAACCCUUUUUUUUUUCAGCGCCACAAGUCAGAGUAGAGAUUGUUGGAAUGUUUUUUUUAAGUUUUUGUGAACUUUGUGGUGCUAACUUCACGUAGGUGCUUGGUUGUUGAAAAAAAAUAUUACAAAAUAAUAGUACAAUUAUAAAAAAUAUAUAAUAAGUACAAAAAAAGAAUAAUAAACAAAUUAAUAAACAAAUAUUGUAUUUCAAAACAUCUAGUGAUGAGUACAAAAUUCGAAUCAAUCCGAAUCCGGAUUGAUUGGUAUUUAAACAAAAGAUACAAUCCCUUUAGUCCGAAUUAUGAUUAUCAAUCUGAAAAUAAAUAAUUUAUUUAAAUUAAUAUAAUAUCCGUUUAACUGGUCAUAUUGUCUCAUUUGGUGGUAUCUAUUAUGUAUAUUAUCUACUUUAUUAUACCUAGCUCAUUUUAGACAAAUGAGCGGAUUGAAUCCGAGAUCCGGAUUGACGGAUUGGAUUUAAAAUUCGGAUUCUGGAUUGGUCAAAAUAUUGCUCAAUACUAGUGGAUAAUUAUUGUUCGUUGGCGUAGCAGUGUACUCAGAUCUAUAAAGAUAUAUUAUAGAUCUUAAUAGAUCUUGGCAUUUCACGUCAAUAUAUGACAUUUUAGAGCAUUGUUCAUAGAAGUGUGUGUAUAUCAAUCAAAUAUAAUAAAAAAAUUAAUCAAAAUACUUAAAGUUCCUGUGUAAAAUAUAUUUUUUUAGUAGAUACCUACCUAAUUUUUUUGUUUAAUUUCCAUUCCUUAAAAUAACGGUGAAUCGUUUAUCAAAACCGGGCGUCAAAAUCCGAAAGUAAUAGAACACCAAUUCCGAACAAUGCUUUAGUUCAUAAUAGUUAUAAUAUUGAAAACAAUAUUAUAAAACUGAAUUAAUUAUUUAAAAUGUGAACAUACUAUGUUUGUACAAACAUUGAAUUGAACUUAACAAAUUAUAAAAUUAUAAAAUAGGUACUUUCACGAAUUAUAAAAACUCAAAACAGUAUCAAGAUCGGUGUAGUAAUACAUGUACCAAACGUAUAUUAUAUACAGGUUGAUUCUUUUAUCGUUAAGCUUUCAUUAUUUUGAAAAGUAAAAACUAUUUUUAAAAUUUUCUUUUAUGAAAACUUAAGAAACAAAUAGUUCUAAAAUGUUACAUUAUCAUUUUUUUAUCAUCCUUAUUUUUAGAAUUGAAACGACUUCCAACUUUAGAGUAGUGGUGUAUUAUUAAAACGUUGCGCACCAUGCCACCAUACAAAUGAUGCUCCACUACCCUCCCCACACACAAAGUUAAAAGUGAAAUAUCUCGUCAACGUAUUAACGGAAAUUAAAAUUUCAAACCAAAAUGCAUUUUAUCUAAUACUCCAUAUAUUAAUUGGAUUUUUAAUAUAAAUUGCUAUAUGAAAAUCAAAAGUAAGUAGCUGUUUCACUCCGAAAAGUUAGGGCGACAAAAAAUAAUGUAAAUGUAAAAUUAUAGAGUUGCUUGUUUCUUAAAUUUUCUAUAAAACAGAUUCCGAAUAAAGUUAAUAAUUUCCGAGAUAAUGAGUGUUUAACGAUAAAAGAAUUACCCGGUAGAUAUGCUAAAAAAUAAAAUAUUUAAUUCUGACAAAAGUUUCAAUUGUAUAAAAUACUUUUACUUAAGCAUUUUUUUUUAUAUUAUUACAACAUACCUAUACACAAACAACUUAUAUUUUGACGUGAAUUUAAUUUUGAAUUCAGUAAGUAUACCGGAUUAGGUAACGUACAAAACUUAUUAUUUUUAAUAGUAUUAACUUUGUUACAAUACAUACAUUGUACACAAUGUAAAAUUAAGUGUUUAAAAAUCAAAAAUGUGGGUAUAAUAAUUUGACAUUUAACAAAAGUUUCGAAGACCAUCACAAGAAUAUUAAAUCUUUUUCUUUCUGCACUCAUCCCAUACAAGAAAUAUAAACUACUCGCCCUUAUUCUCAUCCUCCACACGUCACAAUCCAUCACCUAAUUCUUCAGCAUCUUAUUUUUCAUCUAAUUCUUGUAUAUGCCCUCAUUUUUCUUCUAACAUCCACUUUUUCUCAAACCUACUUAUCUCUUUCCUAGCUUCUAUCUACAUUUAAAUGAACUAUGAGUAUCACAUCGCUCAUCUAUCCUCUCAAUAACACUCCCGUAUACAUACUCAAUACCAGCUCAAUCCAUUCUAUAGCUCAUUUUUUCCACUAUUAUAUCUAUUAUACCUAUACUAAAUAAUAUAAUAUAGUUUUUUAUGAAUCUAAAUAUUACCUAUACAAAUUAUGUAAACGGAGUAAGAAAUGAAAUAUAAGUAAUUAAAAUAAUAGUCCUGUGUAGGUACAAACCACCUAUGUACCUAGAGAAAUACCUACACGAAAAAUACAAUCAACUAGGUAUAUAAUGUAUUAUUAAUGUGUUUAAAAAACAAAUACAACACCUUUUAUCGGGCAUAUAAUAUAUUUAAUGAUUUUGUGAAAUGUAUAGAUCGUGGACAGCCCUAUCUAGUUCAUGCAAGUAUUUAUAUAGAACCCAAAGGUGAUAUUACUUUAAAAUUUAACGACCUAACGUGUAAUUUUGUUCCCAAUAAAGAUCGCGUCUUAUAUCGAAUAGAAUGAUCUUAAAUUUAUAAGAUAAAAAUAAAAUAAGUAAAGAGCUAUUUCCAAUAGCAUUGCAACGCUAUAUCCAAAAUCCAUCCCUUCUUAUGUAUUACGGACGGCGAAUAGACGAUAGAUAACCUAUAAUGCUAUCCAAAUGACUGUCGGAAUACUCAACACAGAAAAGCCGUUACACGUCCUGAGAAAAUUAUUAAGACACUUUGCAGAGUAUUAUAUUUCCCGCGUACCAGCGAGUCCGCGUCCCCCGAUACAUCAGCUCUUUAUCGAAAUCCGCUUAUGAUCCCAUUACUACACAGCGGUGCGGCAGAAAGAACAGAAUUUUCAAUAUAAACGUACAUUAUAUCGGUGGACGAACGUAUAAUAAAAGUAGUAAACGAUCGGAAUUACGUUUAAACGAGUCGACCUAAGGGACAUAGAAAAUGACCGACGACGUGCAAUAUCAAAGAUCCAAGACCAUCCAAGAACUUACUCAACCUACAUGGUACAGACAGAAUAUAUUGUUGUACCGGUAUAACCGUAGAUUUCGACAACUUAACAAUUUGUACUGGGGGAAUCAAAAAUUUAGAGAAGUCGAAAAUUUUUUCCAAAUUCUACUCCCGUUUUUUUCAACUCCCCCCCCCCCUCAGUGAUAUGUACCGGAGGAGUCGAUUUCGACUAUGUUCUUUUUAUAAUUUUCCCUAACGCUCACUGAUUUAAUUCUAUACAUUUUUUUACUAUUUUUACUAUUUUAAUUAAACAGUUGAUUACCUUGUAUAUUUUUUUUAUUAAUGAAAAUAAAAUACCACAUAAGCAGAUACUAUUGUAAUUAAUUUUAAUUAAAUAUUAUAUGUUUAUACGACUUUAUAAAUGUUUUAUAUUAUGAUUUAUGACCUUUCUUUGAUACGAUUAUUAUAAUAAGUCGUCUUUUUACGAUAGGUACCAUUUGAAUUACCUUUUACAAUAGUACCUACUUCUGUGGUAUUUUAUUUUCGUUAAUAAAAAAAUAUUUACAAGGUAAUCAACUGUUUAAUUAAAAUAGUAAAAAUGUAUAGAACUAAAUCAGUGAGCGUUAGAGAAAAUUAUAAAAAGAAAAUAGUCGAAAUAAACCAAGGGAUAUCGAGUUUUCAUCAAGAAGUCGAAAAAAACGGGAAUAGAAUUUGAAAAAAAUUAUCCACUCCACUACGAAAUCGACUCCCCUAGUACAAAUCGUUGGGAAGUCGAAAUCAACGGUUACACCGGAACACAUCUGAAUUCAACAGCUGAUUUAAUAUUGUUACAUACCUAAGCAAAAACACACGCACUUUAAACACAACAUGACUGCUCCGACACACAGUAUCAUUUUGGUCUAUUUAUUUAUAGACGGAUCGUGAUUGGAAUAAACAAUGACCUCCAACUUUGAUUAUAGGUGUUAUAUAUGAUAAAACAUAUAUAUACGUGUGUAAUGUGUGUACAUAUAUAUAUAGGGCGUGGAAAAUCCAUGUCCGAAAUAAAGAUCCGCUUAACAUUCGGCACAUAAACCCGGAUGCAACUCACACUAACGAAUGGUAUACAAUUGAUUUUCCAGAAAGUUUUUAAAAAAAAAAAUCAUUUUUUUCUUCUAUUUUUAGUGACUCGCGUUAUUUCCGUAUAUUAUUGUAGUGCAUCCCGUAUAAGAAUCGCUGGACACUGAAGCGCCAUAGCCGAGUACGACGUUCUCAUUCGUUAUCGUUCUAAUCGAUUGCAUCCUAUUCGCGUUUUCUACAUUAUUACAGUCUUGUUACAAUUGAAAUAAGCAUAGACUUAGGCUUAAUUAUUAUUAUUGGACGCUAUUAUAACGACUAGUAAUACAAAACCAACACCACAAAGAUAAAUCAAAGUAUUAGAGAAAUAAAGAUAACUACUUGGUACCUAACCUUUAAAUAACUUUUUUAAUUUGGUAGGUACCCAGAUAAUAUUUAAUUAAGUGCUUAAAAUAAUUUUAAAUCGUGAUUAAAAUAUAUUCUUAAUCAUGUAUUUACCAUAUAUAGUAUAUAAUUUGCAAUUAUCUAUAUUAUAUACAUAGGCUCAAAAAUGUUUAAGCAUUUUUUUUUUUUUCCAAUAUUGGUCUAUAGUUCUCCCUCACACAACAUUGUCAAUGAAAAUCAUAGGUUGGAAGCAUAGGCGAAUCCAGGGGGUGGGGACAGAGACGUCUCCUCCUCCCCAGACUAUAGACCAGCGUUCCCCAAACUUUUUCUCCGUCAGGCCCUUUACAGAUAGUAAAAAUGAUUGCGGACCCCCCUCCCUUAAACCCUUUUAUAUAUCAGUAUUUUAGUUAUUAUAUAUACUAUAUAGUAUUUACAAUAUACGUUUGCAGACCCCCUCCGGUUUACAUGUAGACUACAGAUUGGGAAACACUGCCAUAAAGUAUGCAAAAGUUUUACUUUCAUUAAUAAUUAAUUAUUUAACGUAUAUAAAAUACGUCAUUUUAACGAUAUAACCUUAUGUGCCCUACUUUCUCAAAUUUCCACCUACAACAGUGGCUGCAUCCAUCCCCAGUAUUACAUCAUUUUUUUUUUUUGUGCUUAGUAGUACCAAAUUUUUUUCUAUGAGGUCCCUUCUCCAAAAUUCAACUUGCGAUCCAACUUUGGAUGGAGAUGAAAAAAGAACAGCCCAUAUAAUAAUAUAUCUAUGCUGCAGUCGAGUUUUGAGAAAAUAAUACUUAUGUGGAAGAAAUAUAAGAAUUGAACAAUUUUAGCGGUGCUUUCCUGAAUUAUACAAUAUACGUUGCAUAAAUACGUGUUGCAUGCACUGCGGUAAGCAUGAUACACUUAAUCUCUUUUUGAUAGUUAUAAUGUAAAACAGGAUUCAAUGAAUACGUUCCUCCUUCUAAAUCAAAAAUUAAGAUAAAUCUUCGAUAGGGUUGGGCAAAUGCAUACUCCUGCCCCCCCCCAAAAUGACGCCCCUGACUGUGUCCAAUAUAACCCCCCUUACUUUCAUGAUUUCGUGUCACACUCACUAGUGCGCAUGCAUGCUAGGCUGCAAAAUACGUCACCCAAGAUCUGGCCGUUGAUAAAAUUAACUUACACAAAAUUUUCAAUUUCGUAAACGAAAAUGUUAAUUUUUUUCAUUGGCUUAUUAUUUUGUGCAUUCCCACUUGCGAGUGAGAUCAAAAUUAUGAGAUUAAGUAGGAGGUUAUUUUGGACAUAAUUGGCAGUCAACGUAGUUAUCCUAGUAUAUAAUCUAAAGACAAUAUGAGGCGUCCGAUUAUGUUGUAUUAAUAAACCAAUAAAAAUAUUGGCGGCUAUCACGCGUCUAGUGAUUCUUAUACGCAUCCCAUUCAGUGCUCGAAUGGGGAGAACGCAAGGGGACAGAAUACUCGACUGAUUUUUUUUCAGAAAUUUAAGCGUCUUUUCUAUGAAGUUCUAAGUGAAACACAUAAGACGCAGUAGAGAUAUUAAGGGGUGGCACCAACGACAUCGCCCUUUCUUGGGCCAUAUUUUUUACAUAAUUCAUAUUCAUAAUCUUAUUCUACUAACACUAAUUAAUAAUUCUAUUAACAACUCCAGAAUUCGCCACUCUUGAAACGGUAAAUAUUUUGCAUUUUUAUCCAUAAGCAUUUUCAUUAAAAUUUUAACUUUAAGUGCUUAUAACGAAAACAUGACUACAUCGCGUUGAAUUUAAUUUUUUACUAAUUACAACUUAUCAAAGUAAUUUUAAUCACAUAAACCAAAAAAAAAUCUCAUACAAUUUCAAACGGCUAUAACUGAAAAAUUCAAAAAUUACUAUGUCUGUAAAAGUUGUACAUAAUUAUUAAGUAUUCAAUGAAAUUUCGAUUAUUUUUCACUGAGGAAACAAAAUAAAAUAUAACAAAAAAUGUUAAUAUAUUAAUGAAACAGUUAAAAGUUUCCUCGAUUUUAUUCUUAUGGAUUUCCCCAUAAUUAUGAAUACUACAAAGUAAAUCAAAAAAUAACAUCCUCAUUGUACUAACAACACAAUAGUUUUACUAAAUACCAUCACUUCUAAAGUUUGGACUGACGGAGCCAAAUUUCUAGUAGAAUAGUUAAAAAAUCAACAUUGUAAAAUUUAAAAUAAUUAUUAUUUAUUAUAUAAGCAAAAAGUUAGCCUGCAAUUAUAGGUAGAGUGUUAUUAGUGUUUAUUUUAGAAUUAUAUUUAAAAAUUUGGUGUGUGGUGGGUAUAGGAGGCAAAGCCCUCAGGUUAGAUUAAGUUUAAUAAUUGCAAGGGAUGCUCUUAAUCAAGUAAUCGCUCUUUUAUGUCGUAUUUUAGAAUUCAACACCAGUCUGAGUAGAUUGCUACCAAACAUUCGCCACCUUAGACAUGAUUCAUUAAAACCAUCAGGUGGACUUCAUCAUAUUUACCGAGAUGUAUAAACUAGUUUCUAAUGUAUCAAUUUAUCAUUAUUAUGAACUAUACUUUUCGCAUACCUACCAAUCAUCAAAAAUACAUUUUCAAAAACUUUAUUAUUUGAAAUAUAUUACGCUUUUAUGAAAUCAUGUUUAAAAAUAUCCCAGUUUUUUUUUUGUACAUCUUCAAUGGCAUUAUAAGGAAUUUCUAUUGGAGGGAGGGGGUUAUACAAAUUAUUUACAAAGUAAGCCAUGCAAAGUAAGUAAUGAAUAGAAGUAAUAGAAUAUAUUACUUUAUGCUUCAUAUUUAAAUAAAACCAUUUUUAUUUUUAUUAAAACAUGUACAGAAUAAGGUAAGGUUAGGUUGAUUUUUUACCCAACAAUUUUUAAAAAAAAAAAAGUUAAAAUAAUAAAAUUAAGCAUAUCAUACAUGAAAUAUUUAGGUACGAAUUUGUAUUAUAAAAUAUGGGUAGGUAUAACACGUUGUUCAAAUGUACAUCACUGAUGUAACCGAAUAGCUAGUUUUCUUAAACAUUAAUACCUAUAGGUACCUACCUAAAAUAAACCAUGCAAUUAUGAGAAAUCAAAAUUCUCCAUUGUUAGUGUUGUUUUUAAUAUUUAUGUUUGAGCUUGGCGAGUACUUUAUAUAAAUUAUCCAUAAAAGUUAACCAAUUAUUAUAGAAUUAAACAGAAAAACACUAUAAAAUACCAUUCACUAAUUUCAAAUCACCCAAAUUUUCUUCUUAAUUUAUUGAAACUCUAAGGAAAACUCAACAAGUUUGAAAAUAUUUUGAGUACCUACCUAUAAUAAUCAUAAUAUUUCAAUUAUAAUUAUUAUAUAUUUUAUAAUACUAUAAAGAAAUUUCUGUUUUAUUUGCUCAUUUAAUAAAAACAAAAAAAAUUAAUAUAAUAUACCUAUAAAAAUAAUAUUAAAAAGAGUGAUUACCAUGCAAGUAAGAAUAACAGAUUAUACUUCCGGUAGUCUAAUAUAUUUAUUAGUAAAAAUUAAAAUUAAAAAUCCAAUGCAAUACGCACCAUAAAAAUAAACGUAAGUACAUAAAGAAAUACCUAUUAAGAUAACAGUAACAGGUAUGUAUCGAUUUAUUAUAACUGAUUUCGACAAUAAGCUAAAAAAUAUGAUUAUUAAUUUGUUAAUUAUUAGUUAUUUAAGUUAUUAUAAUUAUUUAGUUAAAUUUAAAUUGUUUUUUAAAGUUGUUUAUCGAAACUUAAAAAUUCCACUUUUUAUUCAGUAUUAGAUAGUGUUAAAUCAAAAUGUUAAGGGAUAUUAUUUGUGAAAAUUUCAAAUGUAAAUCAGAGGAAGAAAUCCAUUAAAGGUUGAAUGUAAUGAUUAUGUUAUUCAAGAUAGGUACUUGUAAGUUGUAACGAUUAUACCAAUACAUACACUAGUGGGCAUGCACGCCAGACUGCAAAAUACGUUACCCGGAAUUUGGCCGUUGAUAAAAUAAUAUCUUGCACAAAAUUAUCAAUUUUGUAAACAAAAAUGUUGAAUUUUCUUAUUGGCUUACUAUUUCGUGCAUUCCCACAAGCGAGUAUGACUAAAAUUGUGACCAAAGUAGGUGGAAGGUUAUUUAAUGAUCUACACUCGUAAUAAUUUAAGUAAAAUACAGUUUUUAAGUAUAAAAUAUUGUACAAUCAUACAAAUAUAAAAAAUAGUAGUAUAACAUUAUUAGAUAAUAUGUGAAUCGUGAAUUGUUUUCUUCCAAUAUUUAUUAUUGUAGACCAAAGCAGUCAUUCUCUCAUAAAAUAUCUAGUAAACGUUUUCUGAAAGAUUGUCAAGGUAGAUCAUUUCAUGAUAGUUGGUUUUGGGAAAAAAAAUUAUUUAAUAAAAACCAGCUCGCCGUAAGAAGAUUGUCUUAUGCUCGCUAUAACUUAAUAAAAGCAAGUUAAGAAGUACAAUGGGAAAAGAACGAUUAUGUUAAUAUCAUGUGAAAAUGAUAUUGAUAUUAACACCGAAGUUGUUAUUAAUAUUUUUCAAAUCAUACAAUACAUUACUAAAAAAAAUAUUAAAUUCGAAUUAAUUUUAAGUGUUGUUAUACAAUCUCUAUUAAUAUAAUUUUUGGCAAUUGUGUAUACAGGAUAAUUCACUAAACAUACUUACCCCAUUUUUUUGGUUAAAUUUUGCAUAUAAUCAAAUUUUGAUUUUCGGAAUUUUUAAGCGUAAUUAAAGCCGAUAUUUUCAAAUACUUAGAUUUUUCACAACAUUUAGGAAGUAUCCUGUAGCGAUACCAACUUUGGUUUUUCAAAUGAGAACCUAUAUUACAAAUUCCAUAAAUAGACGAAGUGUUACUUCAAUUAAAUUUGUAUGUCAACAUUUUUAAUUUCCGUCAACCCGUUAACGAGAUAUUCCACUUUUAAGGUAAGGUCGAGGGAGAUUAGUGGUGCACUAAUAAAACGCCCCCAUGCCGUGCCGCCACACAAAAAAUGAUACUCCACUACUCUCUCCCUACCUAAACUUAAAAGUGGAAUAUCUCGUUAAAUGGUUGACAGAAAUUACAAAUGUUAAUACCAAAAUGUAUUUAAAGUGAAACUCCGUCUAUUUAUGGAAUUUUUAAUAUAGGUUCUCUUUGAAAAAAGAGAUUUGAAAAACUAAAGUUUGUAUCACUAUAGGAUACUCCUUAAAUAUUGUGAAAAAUCUAAUUAUUCGAAAAUAUUGGCUUUAACAACGCUUAAAAAUUCCAAAAAUCAGAAUUUGAAAAAAUACAAAAUUUAACCAAAAAAAAAAAUGGUGAGGAAGUUUAGUGAAUCACCCUGCAUAUUGUAUAGGUAUAUAAAUAUAAAUAAUAUUGUCACUUAUUUGAAAUAGAACUUUUUUAGAGAACAUAAAAAUCAUUUUUUGUUUUAUCGUACACAUUACACUAAUAUAUGUGCAAUUACAAAGUAUCUAAUUUCAUAUUACACUAAGUUGCACUAAAAAAUUGUAUGAAUAUUUAUAGGCACUUUUAAGAGCAGCUUUGCCACAGCAGAAUGCAAUGAUACUGGUUUUCAUGGCGGUAGACAGAUACACGUGUAUGUUGCAUCCAAAUAAAUAUCACAAACAUUCAAGUAAAAAAGUAAGUUAAAAUAAAUCGAUAAUAUAUGUAAAAAUAUAUAUUAUUUAUUUAUUUAUUUAUUUAUGAUAAAUGUAUUGUUAUUUCAAAUAACAUACUAAUUACUAUAAUACAAUAAAAAUGCGAAAAAAAAACAUUGUAAAGCCUGUGCUUAUGGGGAGACAAGAGUUCAUAAUGUUUUGUUUCUUAAUUUAAUGUAUACAUAUUUACACAGUUCUUAAAUUCAAAAACAAAUGAUUAAUAAUACGACGAUAAGACUGUAAUAUUGUUAUGAAAAAAACGGACAUACUUCUCACGUGGGUGGGCAUCUGUUAUAGGUGAAAAGUUGGGAAGGUAGUAGAGAAGAAAUUUAAAGUAUAUCUGUUAACAACGAUAAACCAUUGCUAACGAAAAAACGAUUCUGAGCGGAGUUCAGUUGAUAGUUAUGCUUAAUAAUGAUAAAAUAGUUGCAUAGGCAUUAUAUAUUUUCUUUAAUAAUAUUUGUUAAAUAUUGAACCCAUUUUUCUAUGUUUUUCCCGGUUCUUCCAUUUAUUGGGAAAAUAAAAAAAUUACUUCCCUAAAGUACCACCCUAAUUAAAUUUCCUUUCAGAAAAAGUUGUAUAAUUGAAAAUCAGAGAAAAAUUGCUUGUUAUACUGUAUAAGUUUUAAAGCAUCAUAUUAUUUUAGUAGUUGAAUAAUUAUUUAUACCUGAGUACCUAAUACGUUUCUUUAUGAUACCCUUGAAAAAAAGAAACGAAGGAACGGAGUAAAUAAAGAACUCUAUCAGCUUUUGCAAAAACCAAGUAUAAAAGCAUGUGUUAAAGGCAAACGGAUAGAGUAGUCGGGGUACAUUUUUAGAGACACUGGUAUCUGUAAACAAGAACUGGUAGAAGAAGUCAACCAGAGAAAAGCCAGAGGCCACCCCGGGCAAAGGUGGGCUCAUUGAGAGCAGACCUACAAAAAGUGGCACAAGAAAUGGAGGUAGAAGCGAGCAAGGAUAGGGAGAGGUAGCGGGAAGUUGUGUAAGCCACUAAGGAUAUGAUUGGCUGUAAAAGCUUAAGAAGAAGAAUUUUUGCAGUAAAAAUGAUAAAUUAAUCAUGAAUGUAUGUAUUAAUCCAUUGCUAUAAACAUUAGAGAAACAUUGUAUUGAAACAUUGCACAAAUAUAUACCUUCCUAGAUACCAUAUAUUAACCAAAAUUAAGGAUUAUUUAUUCAUUAAACUUACUUAAAGAAAAAUCACAAAUUGCAUUUACUACAUUUCCAAAUAAGUGUGAUUAAAUUUGCUAUACGAUAUAUAAAUAUUAAUUCAAUGUUUUAAAAAUCAAAAUAAUUAUCAAUUUAAAUACCUAUUAUAGAAAAUACUGUUGAAAAUUAAUAUAUUAAAAAUUAAAGAAAAAAAUUACAAACAUGAUUAUAGUUAUUGGAGGUUUUGUUUCCGCUAAUAGCGUGAAGGUAAUUUCCUUCAAGUUAAAACAUAAUUUCAAUUUCAAUUUCCGAUUGACGUAAAAUGUACUCGUAUAUUGCAGCUUUUCUUAAAAUAAUAGUGAUGAAAUAGCUGUCAAAGACAGUGGCCUAUCCAGGGGGGUUACAACCCCCUAACCCCCCCGAAAUGUUUUCGAAAUAAAAAAAAAUAAUACUUAUAGUUUGAAAAAAUAAUACAGUGUUAUUACACUUAACAGUUUACACAAAUAAUACAAAUUAAUAAUAUACAAGUCCGGUCUAGUGUAGUGUGUAUAUUAUAAUAGUAGGUAGCUCUAUGGUUAUCGGUUAUCGCUUUCGGUUAUCCAAAAAGACAAAGUAUUUUGCAAUUGUCAAUAGAAGAAGUAUAUCCACAAACUAAUCGUUUUAAACUAAAAAAUCUAUGUGAAACUCGAUGGGUCAAUCGCCGUGAUGCACUUAUAUUAUUUGAAAAACUUCAACCAGCCAUUUUACAUGCACUAGAUAAAAUUACACUUUGGACAGAUUCUGACACUUCUAGUUCUGCAAGUCAUAUUCUUACUACGAUAACAGUUACAUUUCAAACAACUUUAUCUAUUUUAGUGAAAUUACUUUCCAUAAGUUUAAAUUUAAAUUUAAAAUUUAAAUUAAAUAAUAUUCAGGAUAUUAGAGAAAAUUGUGAUGUUGAGUUUCAACAAUUAUUUUUAUCUCUAAUAACUGUCUGUGAAAAAUUUGAUAUUACUGUUAGUUUGCCACGUCAAUCUAAAUCCGAUGAUCCAGAAUACUUUUUUAAGUAUUCAUACCUUUUAUAGAUAAAUGUUUAGACCAAUUGAACGAAAGUUUUAUAUCGCACAGGAUUGUUUUGAAUAAUUUUGAUUGUAUUUUACCUAAGAUAGAAAUGAAAAUAUCUGAAUAUAUUAAAGGUAAAUUUAAACAAUUAGUAGAAACAUAUCAAAAUAUAACUGAUGAAUGUAAAGAUUCAAAUUUAAAUUAUUUAAAUGAAAUAGGAGAAUUAGAUUUGUGGUAGACUAAAUAUUCAAAUUUAACAUCUUCCGAACUCAAGAACAAAAAUGCUAUUGAAGUAUACUUCCAAACUAGUCCAAAUGUUUAUCCAGUAAUAUCUAAACAUCUUCAAAUAUUCAUAACACUUCCAGUGUCUACUGCCACUAGAGAAUGAUCAUUUUCAACACUCCGUCGUUUGAAAAAUUCUUCGGGACAGAUAUGUUUAAAUGGUUUAGCCUUACUAAAAUAUAUUCAUCACAAUAUCAACGUGGAUAUCAAUGAUGUUAUAAAUUAACUUGACAAAACAUCAAAACGAAAAAUGAAUACACUUUUAUAAUUUUUAAAAAAGAUAAAUGUUUCAACUUUUAUAACUUUUUUCAACCAACCCUAUCCCCCCAAAAAAAAAAAAAAUUUGAGAUACGUCACUGGUCAAAGAUGUUAAUAAAUUUCCCAUCGAAUCUAAAAAAUUAAUUCAAUGAUUUACAUAGAAGAUUAUUAAUUUGUAUACUUCAUUAAGUUUUAGUUGAAAUAUUCCUCAUCGACCGAAAGCAGUUACAACAAUUUAUAGGUAAAAGCUAAAAGGCGCAAAUAGGAUAGAGAUCAACAUAUUUUAUGAAAAUUAAAUUUUAUAAAUAAUUUAUUUUACAUAAUUAGUAUACACAUCUUACAUUAGUACAGAAAAAUUGCCCUAAAUGAGUUACAAAUUAGUACAAAUUUAUAUUUUAAAACUAAAAAUAAUUUUUUUUUCCGAUUUUUAAAAAAAGUUUAGAAAAUGUCUAAGAUUCUAAGUGCAAUCUUAUCUAUGCAAUAACUAUAAGCAACUAAAAUUUGCAUAAUCAAAUUUCGUUCGAAUUUAUCAGGGUAACUCUUAAGAUUUGCGGUGCCCAGCCGCCCAGAACAAACCUCUUUUAAAAUAAUCUAUAACGAGAAAAAAUAAAUAGUUAUCGCACCUAUUUGUAUACCUUUCUCAAUACCAAUAUACCUAAUAAUACAUUUAUCAAUUUACUCAUUAUAGGUAAACAAAAAAAUGUUAAAUUGUUUAUUACAAAAUAUGUUGGGGGGGCUUCAAUUAAAAUUAGAUUAUUAAUAAAAACUAGCUUAUUGUGUUCAAUUAUGCCUUAAAGUAUAUUUUACAUGGUUAACGAGAAUAUUAGCAAAACGAAAAUCAAAGUAUAUUUCGUAAACAAAUAUUUAUUAACAAAUAGGUAACAUAAUAAAUAAACAACAUAAUUUUCAGAAAAAUGAAUAUAAUACUAAAACAAAAAUAUUCAAUAUAAACAAUUACAGAGAAUGUAUUUUCUAGCCUUGUGUUCUGCAAAAGAGUUUAUUAAAGUACUGUAACCUAGACUUUCACAUAAAUCACUAUCUAUAAAUAACAAUGCUAAAUUUGGCAAUGUUUCCUGAGUUAUAGUUGUCUUCAUGUAGUUUUUAAUGGCCUCAACCUUUGAAAAUCUUUUCUCAACUGACGUAGUAGUUACUGAAAUCGUUAAAAAAUUGUUACUUUACGAAUAAUAACUGUAAAAUUUGAAAACAAAUCACGAAUUUUUUGUAAAAGUUGUAAGCCCUAAAAUGGUGUAUUGCACGAUGAAUCAAUUAUGUUACAAAAUUCUUUUAUUUUAUCCACUUAUAUCUCUACUGUCACCAUCUCGUAAAAGAAGAUCCAAGUCCAUAUGCUUUUCUAAAUCUUCAUUUUACAUCAAUUUCAGAAUUUGUGCGUUGUAUAAAAACCCAAAAUUAUCAAAGAGGUUUGAUAAUUAUUUAAAUAUUUUUUCAAUUUAUGUAUCGGUCAAUGUUACUCAAAAAGUAGUUUCAGUAAAAAUUUUUUGAAUAUUUUGUUCCCGGGUCUUCUUCUUUAUAUUGAUUAAAACAUUAUCGUUUGAUGAAUCUAUUCUGCUUAAAUGUGGGAGUAAUACCAUAUUCGUCACAUAUUUAUAUUUUAAUUGCAGAUAAUAAUUCAUACCACACUACAAUUAACAGUAUAAAUUCAUUUUCAGCUAAUGACUCGGCCUCACUUUUAAUUUUAGGGACUUUAAUAAUAUUUUUAACUUCUUCCAAUACAUCAGGUAUCUGUCCUAAUUGAAUAUGAAUAGGUUUACUGCAUCCACCAUUCCAAUCUAGCUUCUGAUAAAGGUUUGAGAGUAAACUUAGUACUGUGGCUGAAGAGAAUAUUUCAUCUUCCAGUCGAUGCUAAAAACAUUGAACGAUGCCAAAAAAUUAUUGUCUAGGCACUGAUGAAGCCAUAUUUCCCAGAAAAAUUAAAUUUAAACGGUGAGCUUACAAGAAACAAAAAAAAAUGUUAAGUUUUCGGACAAAAUUCUAGCUUAAACUCCUUCAUGCAUCAUGCUGACCAAUAGUUUUAGCACCAUUGUCAUGUACCUUCCCAGAGGCAAUUUAAUAAAUUUAUUUCCAAAAUUGGUAAUUAAUUAAUUCAUUCUUCUAAAUUCUGCAAUCCACGUUAUGAUCCGAAAUAUCCUUAACGUUUAUUCUUCUUAAGUGUUCUGCCAUCAACACACCAAGUUUAAAUAUCAUUUCAAUGAUGCCUAGGAAUUUACCAAGUUUUUUGAAAACACUUUACUAAUACUACCUCUAAAUGCAUCAUUAUGUACUACCAAAAAUUGAAUACAUACUAUAAUUCUCUUUUAAACAUGAUUUCUGGUAGAAAACGUAUAUAGAAACAAGCAGCUCGACAAUUUAACAAGUAUGUUAUUUUUUUUAUCAGCCUUAUUUUUAGUGGUAAAAUCACUACCUAUUUUCACACACUACCUUAAUUUUCAAAAGGCAACAUAAAUAAAAAAUUCCAUAAAUAGAUGGAGCAUUAAUUAAAAUAUAUUUUUAGUGCUGAACUUUUUGAUUUCCGUCAAUCUGUUGACGAGAUAUUCCACUUUUAAGUUUAGGUCGGGAAAGAGUAGUGAAGCGUUAUUCAUGUGGCAGCACGGCGAGAGAAGUGUAAGUACACAGGCAUUUGGCAUAAUCAUUGGUCCAGAAGUAGAUAUAAUCUAUUAUUAAUCAUAAUUUCUUUAAUUCUGAUUAUAGCAAAGAAUGUAUUGGUUUUACAAUGAUGUUUAUUUUUUUUUCUUAUAGUGGGACAAAAAUUUCUACCAGAAAUCUUGCCCCGAUAUGGACAUGUGAAACCAUUUCUAAAAGGAAAUAUUAUUGAGAAUGUUUAAAUGGUACUUUAGGAGGUCAUUUUUUGAUUUUCCAAGCGAUUAUCAUAAUAUCUGAGAAAACCCGGGAGAAAACGUGAGAAAAUCGGGAAAUUUACGAAAAUAAUGCUUUUUAUUAUUUUUAAUUAUGUUAUUUGUUGUAAUUUAGUUUAAAAUAUUCGUAAAGACUUGAUAUUUGGACAGAAAACUUAUAUUUACCUAUUUUUACAUGGUAAAACUGUAAAAACAUUUAAACUUAUUCAAGCUAUUUUAAAGACUAUAAUUUUAUGAGUAAGUUUUAACUAUAAGUUCUACUUUGUGCUCAAAACAAAAUAAUUUAAUUUAAUGUAGUUUAUUUUCAUUAUAAGAAUUUUAGUAUCAAAUAUUGACGAAAAUUGUUUUAGUAAAAAAUGAUGUGGAAUAAAUCUAGUUUCCUACUAGUAUAUACAAAUUUUUUCAAUAUAAUAUUUAUUUUACUGUAAUAUGACAUAGUAUUAUAUAUUGUUGAAAAAGCAAUACUAUUAACCAAACUCCACUCAAAAUCAUUUUUCUUAAGGAAUGAUUAUUUUUUGCUUACAAAUAUACGAGUACAUUAAAUUUCCCUCUAUAGUCAACCUUCCUCAACUUCUCCCAACUUCUCAUCUACAACAGUCGUCCACUCAUCAUGCUUGCGAAGUAUGUCCGUGUUUUUACUUAUCAAUUUUUAAUAUUAAAUUUAAUUAUUUCGCCCCCCACCCUAUAGUCAAGAUCUGAAGACGCCCCUGCACUGUAUAGAGUAAUUUAAUUACUCAACUCAAUUAAAUUAAUGUACGCAAGGAUAAAUCACAAACAUAGAUUCUGAGCAAAGUUGCAAAGUUCGAUUAAACGUGUUUUUAAAUAUCAUGAUUUAACAAUUUUUUCGUCAAAAAUUGAAUUUAAAACACUUAUAAAAAAAAAUUAAUUUGAUUACACUCAAUUUUUUUUUACCUAUUGUUAAAUUUUCGAGCAUUUAUGUUAGGUCAAAAUAAUUUUAUCCACAUAACCGAAUAAAAGUUCAAACAUUUUAAAUUACUAUAAAUAGUUUAAAAAUAAAUCAGAAUGUUUUGAAAACUGUACCGUUUUCUAGGAUAGAAAUCUAAUAUAAUUCAGUGAACAUUUCUGGUCUCUACGAUUAUAUUUAACUGAAUUACAAUUUACAAAAAAUUAAAAAACAAAAUCUAAAAUACCUAUUAUUAUUUAAACACUGUUUUUCUGUGUUUUUUCCCCAAUUAAUAAGAAAAUCAAAAAAUGACCUCAAUACACCAACAUUUAACAUUCUUAUAGUAUGUGAAAUUGACUACUUGAUACGUAUUUAGUAUACUACUAUUUACAAUUUCUAGACGUGGUGUUGACUUGUUAUUUCAAAAUAUUUAAAAUUUUCGAUGUGAAUCUCAAUGCAUUUAGCAAUUCAUUUUUAAAAACAUUUUACAUUUUUCGUAUAUUAAUAAAACUCGUCAAAAACACAAACAAAAAUUGUAAAAUUUAUUUUAUAGUUACAAUAUAAUAUACAAUAAUUAUCAAUUUAAAUUUAUCGUAUCAUGUCAAACCGAACUUGCUUCAGAGUAGAUUUUCAUUUGUACCUACCUACUAAUUUAUCAUUGUGUACAAAUAUAAAUUAAAUUAGCCAAUGUAUAUCUUACAAUCCCAAUUUACGACAGUAAACCAUUAUUUUUUAAAAAAAAUGGAUACAAUUAUUUUUAAAUAGGCUAAUUUUUAGUUAUUUUGGCUACAAUAAAACAUUUAAUUUAAUAUAAAAUUGUACACUUACAGGGUUGUAUGCUGGUAUUAAGUUUGACUCUGGUGGGUUCAUUAACCGCUUUUGGUGCAGCAGUCAUUCGUAGAGGUGGAUAUUUUUAUAACGGCAAUGGAUUAAUGGCUUGUGAGCCAUUUUAUCAAAGGCCAAGUUUGCGAAUAUUAGCUGCCUGUCUGUUUUAUUUCCCUACGACAAUGGCACUCAUGUACUUCUACGGAUCAGCAUUACACGUGGACAGACUCCGGCACAGACAGCAAAUUAACAUAUGCGCUGUUCUAGUACAACCUAUGUUACCUAAUAAUGUGGACAAGGUAUGAAUAUGAUGGCAUUUAUACACAUUUUAAAAGCAACAAAAAACUAUUGUUAAGUACACUGAGUGAUAUUUUUAUCGUUGAACACUCAUUAUUUCGUAAAGUAUCUAGAAGGUUGGAUAUAAUGAAAACUCUAAGUUAAAUUAACUUCUAUUCUUUAAAAUAUUGAACUUAACAAACUUUUUUAAACCUAAAGAUUUUCUCUUAUAUAUGUUUUCUAAACAUCUAUGUUUUUAAUUUGAGAAAUCCUCGAAUAGGUUCUUAGUUUUUUAAUUUUUUAAAAAUUACGUUUUACCCAAUCAAAAAUUUCAACACCAAAAUUUAUUUAAGCUAAUACUCUAUAUUAGGUAGGUGGGUUACCUUUUGAAAAGCAAAAGUAAUUAAUCAUUUCACCUCUAAAAGUAAUGGUAAUGUAAUAUUUUAGAUCUAAUUAUUUCUUAAAUUGUCAAAAAAUUGUUUUUUGAAAGUCAAUAGACAAAUAGUUUAUGAAAUAAUGACAAUUCAACAAUAAAAGAAUCACACAGUAAAUUAAUUGUGCCUUAAAUUUGGGUGCACAAAUCUUCAUUUACACUGUAAAAGAAUCUACGCACGUUUUUACUGAAUUGUAAUGCUUAUUUUUUUUAAAACUCUACAAAGCACUAGUGCGUGAAUUUAGAUUUUAAACUCCAAAACUGAGGUUUCUAAAAUUGAGAUUACAUAUAUUGAAAAAUUUUAAUUUAUAAUCUCAUUAGUUAUUAGUUUAUUACCUAUUAUAUUUAUAGGUAUACCAUACCAUUCCAUUUAUGUUAUCAUUAAAUAAAGUUUAAAUUAAAUUUUAAGAAAAUAUUACAUUGUAUUAUAAACAUAACUUAAAAAUAAAAAUAAAUUAUUAAGUUGAGGUAAUUAACUCACAAGACUAAUUCAGAUCUAACAUAAGUACUCCACAUAAUUGUCCAUUUCUUUUAUCCAUAUUUUAAAUUAUAUGAUAGCUAAUAUAAUUUUACUUGAUUUAGAAUACACUUGACGAAGCAUCAGAUAAAUUAGCAUCAAAAGAAUUGAGACAAAGCAUACGAACUACAAGAGCUAUGGGAGCAGUAGCAUUAGGUUUCAUAGUAGCUGUAACUCCAUGGACAAUUCAAGAAGUAGUAACGGCAUGUACAGGUACAAAAGUAUGUAUUCUUAGUUUUCAAUAAAUUCAAAUAAAAUCAAAAAUUACAUUGUAUUCAAUUAAAUUAUAGAUGCCCCCGGCUGUGGAUUUCAUAAUUACAUGGAUAGCACUAAGCAAUAGUUUUUGGAAUCCAUUUAUAUACUGGGCUUUAAACCGAAAAUUUAGACGCAUCAGCCGUAGCAUAAUAAAGACUAAAGUAGGUUUAUUUUAAUAAAUUCAUUUUUCACAGAAGAAAAAAAUUAAAUUAUUUAAAUUUUUUUGUUUUUUUAGAUUUUUUGCCGUAAAAAAUAUAGUUCUAGUGUUAUAUCUUCGUCUUGCAAUAUAGGGCAUCAGGAAAGUUGUUGCUCUAAUAGAGACAUGUGUUUCUCAGCCCUUCAAAAAGACAACGAAGAUAUCAUUGAGGUGGACAGACAAUCAUUAGGAUCUCAAGGCAGAGGGGGAUUUCCUCCAACACCUCCACCACCGCCACCUUAUCAUAGAGGAGACAUACAACAGUGUCAUUCAAGACGAUACUAAUUGAAUUUAAUAAAAAUAUGAAUUAAAAUUUUCAAUAUUACUUACGAUAAUUCACCAAAAUAACUGUACAUAAAAUCAGUGUAUAGAAUAGUUCUAGUUAAAGUGUUUUUAGAAUGGUCAAAGUAAGAUAAUAAGAUUAUCAAAUAUCAAGAACUAAUCAAUAAUCGACCGUUUAACAGGGUGGCUCUGAAUAUAAUUAAAUGGAUGUUCCAAUUUAAAACAUCAGAUUAAAAUAUGGCAUAUUAUAAG